CCGUGUAUACGCUACGCUGUUCCGACCGAGCGCCCCGGCCGUGUCUAUCUGUCGUCGGUGGCCCCGAGUUUGUGCGCGUUUGUGUGCGUGCGCUACGACGACGACGGCGACGACGGCGACGACGACGACUACGCCCGGUUCCCUCCGGUACGUCGGCCAGUUACGACGCGAUACUGCGCGACUCUCGAGUUACGUCCGCGGACGGUUACGGUGCAGUGUGUACGUCUUCAUCGCGUAUCGGGCCGGCUCGCCGUUUUUCCGACGGGUAAACGCAAUCGCACGGCGUCUUUUACCGCGAUCCAACGGUACGACAGUAUAAAUAAUAUUGCAUCCAAUUAAUCGAUCGUUACAUCCGUCCGGUACGCGUCGCAUUACAACCUACCUACACCGGUCCGGUCGACCCGAGAGUGAUCGCUCCACUCCGACGACGACGCCCGUAACCGGAUCAGCGCGACACAUGCGCCGUUGGUAAUGGGCAAAAAGGGCAAGAAGACUAGAUGGCGGGAGCUGCCCAUCACCCUAGGUAAGUCGGAAGACGGUCCCGUAGGGCCGCGACCGUAACAUCUGGUACCGGCCGCCCCGGGUCCGCGCGAUCUCCUGCGCCUCCCAACCCCCAAAGUGUCUACGCGACGUCUCGUGCGCCUUCGGCCCGCCGGAAACGCGGUUAUCCCGCGCCGUCGUUCCGCGGUUUCGUCUCUGAAUAUAUUAUCGUUGUUAGCGUACAGCACCCCGUGCGGUAUAUUGCGUUUCCCUUGGACGAUGUACACGAAUUUUCUAGAAAAAAAAUUUUUCCAAUGCGUUUGUUUUCCUUCGUAGAGACGCUCGGGUUCCGAAACAACCGGGGCUUCGAGCGACGCGACGCGGGGCAACGGGUACAUGCGAUCCCCGUAGAUGAAUAAUUUCACGCUCCUCGGGACACUGUUGUUGCACGUUUCCGUCGGUUAGACAAAUACGUACGCAACGAAUUACAGAAAAAAAAUAAAAUACAUAAAAACUAUAAUAUAACAGGCAUGGCUCGGUAUACAUUAAUGAAAUUGAACCGGGCAAAUUACUACGGUGCCAUAAGGAACGGUUUUCAAAAUCGGAUACGCUCGCGCGAGUUAUUUUCGCUUUCGUUGAAACACGCAAGCACUUCGCGGCCGCGGUGCGCCGCGAUUUCGAAGAUUGCGUCAAACGAGUUCGUCAAUCUUCGGCGCUUAACGAUUGUCGUCCGUGUCUCGUACAGCGAGAGCCGGUGACUCGGUCCCUCCUGCCCCUCCUCUCAGCGCGACUUUAUCCCCUGCCCCCGGAUUCCGCUACGCGGCCGUCCGUUUUUCGCGUACGCCGGACGUCCGGCCUGCGCACGUUUCCUGUCGCCCGUGUACGUCUCCUCGCGGCCGGUCGCGUGCCGACAAAACGUUUUCCCGUCACCGAUUGUUCCCGCGCGCAAUAGUGAAAAUCGCGUCGAUAACGAUAUCGCGUUUUUCGCCAGCGGCGAGAUUUCGGGGGGGGAGCCCGCAGGUGACGCGCAGUUUCCGGCCAUCGUCGCGCCGCCGGAUCCAUAAAUCCUCGUUAAUGAAGUCGAUUUGGGCGACCAAUACGGGCCGUGUCGCGUGAUGACGCCGCGUUGCUGCGCGGUCGCGGCGCCGCCGUCGUCGAUUCCGAUCCCACGGCAUUAUAAUGUAACACUACGGUUUUAAAAUUACGUAAAAUAACAUACGUCUUCCCCACUCCUAGAAAAAAAAAAUACCCCCGAAAAAACCCCGUACGCAAUAACCGCGAGCCGUUCAUUAAAGGCGACACGGCGGGUCUUGGGACUUGGCGUUUACACGCUCGACAACAGCGGUGCCGAUUUCUCGCCGGAAAUUUACAUUUGCAGGACUGCGCGCGUUCAGAUAGCGAUAAUUUUCACGAUACACCGUGUGUGCGGGAUUUUAUCGAAGUGGUGGCGAGUAUCUGAUACGAUACUCGCCAUAUGUGUUCACACUAUUAGGGCCCGGCCGGUGAAAUAUUUUUUCCCGAAUACACCACGGUCCGGUAACGUCCAAUAUAUUUUUAUCAAACACGCGACAAAGUAGUGUUUAUUAUUAUUAUAUUGAUUUUUUUUUUUAGAAGAACAACGUUUUACCGAAUCCCGAGUCCGUUUUCGUCUGCUGGGGGAAGUUGAAUGUGGUUGUUUCUUCUAAUAUUUCAAUAAGACCGAAGACGAUUUCCCGGCGUAUCGAUCGAGCUAUAUUUAUUUCGUUAAUUAUCGAAGAACGGCCCAGUUCGUGGGUCGAGUCUAUAAUAUACUCGGUGUUGUCGUUUUACCAAAAACUUGCAAACGUCUGUACCGGUGUGAAAGAAACAGAACGCGCGGGUCCGUGAUGAUAACGAUCGUGUGCGCACUGCCGACAAUGGCUGCGUGGCUCAAAGUCCGUAAAAACGGAAUCGAAAAAGUUCGAAUACGGCCGAGUGAAACGCAGUCUCGGGUUCGAUAAAACGAUAUACGUGAACAAAUCGAAUCCAAUAGUGGCCGUCUGAACGUGUCUUUCGGUUAGUUUUCGUAUGGGUUCCAGGAGCGAUUUCGGAGCUGUUCGAACGGGAAAUUUGCCCUUAAAAUUCGAAAACCGCGGGGCUUCUCGUGCGCGCGCAAACCCGGCCGAUAAUAAUACUGCAGCCCAGCACUCGUUCGUUUUCGCGUAAAUAAUAUUAACAACAUUGCGCUUUUCGACGGCCAACAGUAUCCAUUCGAUCCGUCCCGAAUCGUGUCGUACACGCGUCACACACCCAGAUACCGUUAUUAUGUAAAUUUUCGACAGAUCUGUACCGGACCCCGCGACGUAUUCCGUCGUCCUCACGAUUUCGGUAAAAUGCUUUGCGGGUUUACCGGGCUGAACGUAAUAAUAUUUGUUAUUAUAUUUAUACGAAAACGUUUCCCGGUAUUAUAGUUAGUCUCGCAUUUUUCCUCCGCGACUAGACACAGACCGACAAUCGUGCGUAUCCGUUUCGGGAACAAAUAAAACACGGCGCAUCAUUGGUCCCGGGGAAUGAGGACUCGAGUCGAUUUUUGCGAUUUCGUCUCACUCUGUCGGUUUCCCUUUAUUAUUCGGUCUAAACGACGUAAAAUAGUGUGUUUUCACAGUUUAAUUCGCAUACGAAAUUGACGCGUACCCCAUUCUUGCCCGGGACGUCUAUAAACGAAACAGAAAUAAUACGAUUUUCGUAAGAGCUGAUUUUCGCGACUUCCCGUAAGUCCGCCGUGCUUCGAGAGUGAAAAGUUUUCUAAUCCGAGAACAAAAUCGAUUGAAUAUGGUAUCCCAUCACGCGGAGAGUAUAAACUAUCUCCGUCUAAGACUCGCUGCCUCGUAUAUAUUGUAAAGUUAGCCGCCGGGUCGUUGUUUUCGUCACACCCCGUAGCCGUAUAGGGUGUAUUCCGUGUCGACAGUGCUGUAUUAUUAUUGUUCUCUUUCUUUUCGCCGCCCCGUUUCUUUUUUUUCCCUUUCGUUUUCCUGACAAUGUAUAAGUAAUUAUUGCCGUCGUCGUUGUUGUCAUUGUUGCGCAAUAACAAUAUAAUAUUAUACCGCGAUGAUACGGCCGUCGUCGUCCGGAGGGAAGGGGAGGGGAGGGGNGGGGGGGGGGGGGGGGGGGGGUUAGCGGCGGCAACGAAUUGUAUACGGGCGAACGGCGCCACGUGUUCUUUUGAUUUUUCCGCCACCAUUGAACCGCUCGUGCUCAAAAGUUCGUUACCUACCGCGUAGUCGUCGAAAUGCAUACCCGCCGAUAAAAAAAAAAUAAUAAUAAUAUUAUACACAACGUUAAAAUAACGUUAUAAUAAUGAUUAAUGAGAGUCUCCGGGAGCGUUAUAUAUUAUUAGUCCGCCACUUACGCCCCGGCAAAAGUCGUUUUUCGUUCGGCCCCUCCUCGCUCCCUUCCCCCACCCCCGAACAGAUCUUUCUGGGCGGUUCUGCGAGUAAAAUUCCGAGGCGCGAUUGUUCGAUUAGGUUCGGUCGAUAUCGGUUUCAAUUGAAAAUUAAUCGCGACAUUUUUGUACACGUAUUCAAUUUCAAAUUUCCGAACAAAUUUUAAAUUGCCAUAUUGAUGCAUGAUUCGAAACGGGCCGGAACGUUUUGAAAAUCGUGCCGCGUCUAGAAUGUGUCCGGCGAAAGUCCCGGGUCCGUACGAUUAUUAUGUAUUCCCGUUUUCCUACCGUUAUAUAGAGAAGGAAAAUCGAAAAAUGACCUCUCCGACGCACCCGCUGAGCAAAAUUGAAUAUCGGGAAAAUUAUUUACAGACGUAAAAAAAGCACAGUUAAACCUGGUCAUACAUUUCGGGAUACGUUCAGAAUAAAAACAAAUUACAAUAUCAUUAUUUAAUGUAUUGAUCGUGACUAACGAAACAGACGAUUCGAUAUAGACAAGAUGAUAAUUUUUUGUUUUAUUUACCCAUUCCCCCCCCCUCUUUAUAAACUUUUGCAAUAAUUUAUGAUUGUGUCUGUAUUCUACGUACCCAACUUCCCUUCUACAACAGUAGCUCCGUCCACGUGCGAACUAUGUCCGUCCUUUUUUCUUGUUUUCUUCGCCUAGUUAUUUAAAGCCCAAUUAUAGAGUGCAGAAUUCACUUUCCGGGUCUUUCUAAUUUCUAAUAUUGUUGUGAAAUGAUUACUUUUUCGUUUUGAAUCUGUCUAUCUCUAUUUCGGUCCGUGAGCUCAUACAUUUUAGGAUAUCAUCGAUUGUUUUUCUGCGUUUAAAUUUUAUGUAUCAGACGUACAGGCCGAGCAGCCGGCUCGGUGUUUCUUGCAGUGUAUUUUGCAGCACGCACUAACGGCUUUUAGAAUUUUAGUGUUUUUUUUUUUUAUAUAACAAUACUAAUAGACAAUGUUGUGUUGAUACGAGUGCGACUAACCGGUGGUGGUGUGACCGACUUCUGAUCUUGUAUCUUCGUCGCGAAGAACGGGAAUUAUACGAUUUAAGAGACCGUUGCAGUCGUAUUUGUCGUUUAUGUACUUCUAUAACUGGUAAUAUGUAUAGCGAAAACGGAUUUGCGUGAAACGUAAACGAAAAGGCUUUUGAAAAUCGGGUUUAGAGAUAAAACAUCUAGUUAAUAAAUAAUUUAUCGACGACGACGUUUAGAAGACAAACGGUCUUUGGGGGUUUUCAAAAAUAUUCAGUAUUAAACGUGCUAUGGUUAUAUAUAUAUAUAUCUAUAAAAAAAAAAAAUGAAUAACCGUAAUAUAAUAUAACGAGUAUUACUGAAUAUUUAGAAAACUUUAAAACACUAACGGGGUAUGACUUUAAAUCGUUGUCAAAUUGUAUAAUAUUAGGUAGUUUUUUUUCUUCGUCUAAAAUCGAUUUUCUUUUUGGUUUGUUUCACGCGAAUACGUUUUUGCUACGUUGCCCGUUUGGAAGACAGAGCACCAAUACAAUGAAACUUCGAUGGCCUCUUAAGAGAAAAAUACAGCCACAUCCAUUGUUUCGUUCCACUGAAGGAUAAUAUACUAAAAUUCCGUCGUUUAAAACGUAAAUUGUGACGUUCAAGUUUAGAACUUGAACACAAAUAAUACAAAUUUAAAGUACAGAAUAUUUUCGAAGGCUUUUUUCUAAAAUAUGUUCAUAAAAAUUAGUUAUAGCUAUUUAAAGAAAACAAAACAUUAUGUUGGUUUUAAUUAUUUUCUAAGACAAAUAAACAAAAAAAUCUACGUACUGUCCUCUGCAAUAUUCUCUUUGAAUUGUUUUAUUUGUAUUUAAACUGUAAUUUCGACUUAAACAUCAUAAUUUAUGUCCAAAGUCACUGAAUUUUGUAAUGUUGUCCGUUAGUUAGACUGAGACAGUAGAUGCGGGUAUGGAGUCUUGUUAAGAGGAUGUCGUAUCCACGUGUGCUAUUUCCGUUUCAUAAACACAGGGCACAGCAAAUUUGCGGUAAGCAGAACUAAUUUCGUGCUCUUCAUUUUAAUAUUAGAGCGAGUCAAUCAAUAUUUUUUCCGACGUUUAAAUAAGACAUUUUUAAGUUAGAUACGAGUGUGUAAAAUAUCAAAAUGAUUUUUAAAAUGCUUACAUCUAGACUAAAAAUCGAAAUGUUGAGAAAAAAAAACUACGUACAAACACUGUAGAUAAUAAUGUUCUUACCUUUAAGUUUGGUAAGGGUAACGAUAACGAACAGCAUAAAAUUGGUCCUGCCGAUCGCCAAAUUUUCUAUGUUGCACGUUUGUGAGAAGGACCUAGAGUGAUCUGAAGGGUAUCCUUUGAAGGAGAUUCGAAACGGAACGGGGAUUUUCUUGUCUUCCGUUGUUCAACACACAAACAGUAUAGCAAUAUUUAGACCGAAUUGUUGUCUAUUCGGACAAUUAUUUUGGACUAUUUCGUUAAAAAUGUGCUUUUAAAAUGAUUUGGUAACGAUAUUUUCUUUCUUUGUCGAACGCAAUUUAGAACGAUUUUCCUUAAAUUAAUAAGAUUAAUGCAUAACAGUCAAGCGAUAAUGGAAUUCUGUAAACAGAUUUGAAUUCAGCGCGAAUUUUAAGUGAGAUCGACAGCCAACUUUUCCGAAUUUUAGUUCUUAAUUUCCAAAAAUUUGAUUUAAAAAUGUACAUAACAAAAACUAAAUUAAAAUUGAUAACAACGGUUCAUUGUACACUUCGCACUGAAUUCGUAUCUGUUUCAGAACUCGUAUCGGUCCAUUAAAUCUGUCGGUACCAGAAACCGGCAUAAAUCGCUAUGCUGCGUGUGCGUUGUCGUUUCGAAUCUCCUUAACGACGUCACCGAAGAAACCAAUUUACGUCAUAACGCUUAUUUUAUUAACACUACUAACAAAAAAAGGGGCCCGUGCGAAAAUAAGACGGCUGAAAAAUAAACUAAUGGAAACGUAUUUCAAAUCAUGACCAGUUUCCACAACAAUCACAUUGAUUUUAAAAUUAAUUGAACUCUACAUGUUAUCGUAGCGAUAGAAAAAAAUGUUUUAUUCAAUUUGAUUUGCAGUUAUUCUGUCACGUUUCGUUAAGAUUUUUGUUUCAACCACGACGGAGUUGCAAUAUUUUUUCUUGAUAUUCCAGAACUCUACGACUUCCGUCUCGCUGUCGCGUGGAAAAAACACGAGGACAAUUUUCACCGACCGUGAUGUCGCGUUGAAACGCGAUUUUCUCCAAACAUAAUAAUAGCGUCUUGCUUUUGUGCAGCGGACCCCUUAAAGCACUCGUUUUUACGCUUUUUCCUAACAGAUCGUUCGACGGCCGGCGCGGCGCGUGAAGUGUACGAAUCGUGGGCGAACGCUCCUAUAAAAAAAGAAAAAAAAAAAGAAAAGAAAACCCCCCUGUCAUUUAAAAAACGAAUAAAAUGUACGAUUUUGCUCGGUUUUUCGGAGGGGAGGGCGGGAGGGUUUCCUCUAGGGGAAAUAUCCACGAGAAAAAUUCGCGACGGUUUUUUUUAUGUACAGCAGGCGCGUUAUUGUUCAUUGAUACACCGCGGCUGCACCGGCCAGUCCUGUAUCGCGUAUCGAUUCGCAGUCAUCCCGCGGCCCGACAAAGGUCAACCGGGGAAGCCUUUCGGACGCGCGGGACCGCAGCGGGCGUUUUUUUAUUCGCAACGGUUUCGCGGUGGAACGGGGUGGGGUGGGUAGGGGGGAAGGCGCUCGCCGCGUCGUGUCCGGCCGGACAUAAAUACGAUAUGGUUGUUAUUUCGUCGGGGUUCGUCAACUUACAACGCGCGUGUAUCGGGCGACGGCAAAUGUAAUUGCGCAACGGCGCGCAACGCCUCUGUGCAGCGGUACGCGCGUGCGGCGGGACACUCGUACCGUACCGAUGCGCACUGUGUACCGUCGCGAUUGUAUUGUUGAACGGACUAAUUUGACCGCGCCGAGAAAACCCCAACGUUUCGGUUACGGUUAUAUUUUCGCAAAGGCGUAUUGCGGGGGGAGGGGGGGACACGUAUAAUUUGUUGUCGGUCGCGAAAAAGAAAUGCUCUCCAACCGCGCGCCGUUGCCGGGGGAAAAGCGCUCGCGGAUUCGUUUUGUUUACGUAUCUCGGUAAACGACGACGGGCGACAGCGCGUCAUUUUGUCGUGGUGCGCGCGGCGGUGUUCUCCUGGCGGAUUCAUGUUCCAACCGGAGAGCAGUAAAGUCGAAAAAUGACCGACGUACUGCCUUUUGUCGACGGGUAUGUUACUGUGACUUAUCGGAGGACAGUUGUUGGUACGGAUGAUGUGUUAUGGAGUAAUUUGAUUCGCGUAUCCGCGUACGCGACUGUAAACCGCCGCUAAUGAAAAACGAUUAACGGCGGAGUAUUAUUGGGGUAACCCGGAAACCAGCGAAAAAGCCGAUACGACAAACUGACAGUUAUUUUCCCAUCUGUUGAGAAAAAUACAUAGGAAAUUAAACAAAUUACCUGUUAAAAACGUACCGUGGGUAGGCGACUGUGAACGGGAAGUUCGGAAGGUAUUGUAGCUGGGUGUAUUGGGCAAUUCAGUAAACGACCGUCCAUAUUGUAUAUUAUUUUAAACGAAACGAGCGGCGAUUGUUUCCGGUCGUCGGCGGGCGGGUUUUCGUCAUGGCGCACAAUAUUAUAAUUACAAUAUAAAGCGUAUACCCGUAUAAUAAUAAUAAUGUAACGCGGCGCGUAAUAUUAAUAUUGUGACGUAUAGCCGUUUCCGCGGUUGACCCUUUGUCAUUGUUAUUAGACCGUCAAAACCGAACCGGUAACGUAUUUAUUAUUAUUAUUAUUUUUUUUUUUUGAGGGGGAACGGAUGGGGUAAGGAAACCGAUCCCCCCGUCCCAUCCUCGUUUUCUUCUCGGCCGCCGCGUUAACCGGACAAUCGCAUGCCACGGCCGCGUGUUGGUUACGAUCAAACGCGUAUGUUAUACGGUUAUCGGGCUUUUAAAACGGACGUGACACCAUUACCGUCGCGCAACACGUUAUUUUGCUAUUCUGCCCGUACACGACAAUAACGUGCGGCAUCGCGCGAUGCGGUCGUGUUUGCGCGCGGUAAUUGUCGUGGCGCGUUCGCUACGUUUUAUCCGUCGCUCGAUUUACCGUUGUGUCUUGUCGCCGAAACGCGGUCCCGUGGGGGUGGGGGGGGGUGGGCUAUACCCGCGAGAAUUCCGAUACUGUCGCCGUAUCAAGAGUACCGGAGCUGUGCCGUUUGGCAACCCCGGGGGACGUCGGUUUUUAAGCGACACCCCCCCUCCCCCCUUUAAAGGCCUCGCCCGACGGUACGGUCCGGAGAUUAGCCCCCGCGAGUUUCCAUCGAGUACUGAGUAAAUUCACGUUCAAAUUCCGUUUCACCUUCAUCCGCACUAUUAUGAUUCUUCCUUAGUCCCGAUUUUUUUUACCAAGUACACGUACUCGCGCGUUACUAUAGGUUGCAUUUCCGAUUAGGUAUACCGAACGUUAUAUCCGUUGUGUUACUAUACUCCGAGGCAAAACGUUUGAAAACAAAACAGUUAACAAGCGAUAUAAUAUAUCGUGGUGAUGUUUAUUAUUUAUUUUUUUUUCCACCACAAGUAUAGCACUUUUUCUGAAAGGAAAUUUUCCCGAGAUGGUCCUUUAGGGAAGACAUUUUUUGAUUUUCAUAUGGGCUUUCGUGAUAAAAUGGAAAAAAACGUAAAAAAUCGGAAAAUGCACGAAAUUUAUUAUUUUCAAUUCGUAAAUAUUACGGCCUUUCAAAACGUGUAUAGUCGAACUCCGCUCAGGAUCGUUUUUCGUUAACAAUGGUUAAUCGUUGCAUACUGAUAUGCAUUCAAUUUCCCCUCAACCUUCUCAACUUCUCAUCCACAUCAGUGGCCGACCCAUCGUACGUAGUAUGUCCGUUUGUUGUUUUAUGUUCAUAUAGAAAAAAAUAUAACAAUUUUUAUAAUAUAUAUUUAAAAAAAAAAAAAAAAAAAAACAAACGAAACGAGUAUUAAACGGUCGGUCUGCACGAAAUAGGCACUUAGGUAAAAUAAUUAAUGAGCGAAUAAUAAUAACAUUAUGAAAACAAUACAAUAUCGUGUCCGGUGUUGUCGCGCCUCGCGUGCCGUUUAAACGUAUAGGCGGAAAAAGAACAUUAAAAAUGUCCGAAAUAUAUUUAUGUUUUUAAUUUUUAAAUCCGACCGUAAAACGACCGGUGCCCGGCAAACAAAUUAGUACUAGACGAAUAUAUUAGCUAUAUUAGCUUGUUUUUGGAAAACAAAAUCCGACCACGAAAUAUAUCGUAUUGCAGUUUAUCCGAAAACACAAGAAUAUUGAAACUAUUCUAUACCACUCGGUGUCUUAUAUCGGUUAUUAUAACUGCAGAAACCGAAUGUAGACGCGCCCGAAACUACAGGGCCUAAAACACUGCGGGCCGUGAUCUUUUCACGAUUUUCGCAGCUGUACGUUUCGAUCGAUCGGUCCGUGCACAUUAUACUGCAGUCGAUAAAUGCCGCUCGUAUAUUCCGGUCGUUUCCCGGCAGCGGUGGUUACACGAGGAGGAGACGUUAGGUGGACCGCCGGCCCUGCCCACCUCGGUCCUUUUUCUUCCUGGUUAUAAUAAAUAAUCGAACGAGCCGCGGUAAAUUUAACCACGGUAAUGACUGCGAUGAAGUGAAUUUCCGAAAUACCGGGGAAAUGUUACGGGGGCCCUACGACCUGUGAUUUUUUUCGUUUAUCAUUUUCGAACCGUUGACCCAUUUCCCCCUACCCAUCCCCUUUAAAAAGUCGCCAAAAUAAUCGCCACUGUUUCCCGGCCGAGUCUGAUCGCAUUCCGGCCGCGCGCCAGACACGAUUAUUGUCGUUUGUCGUUUACCGUUCGCCGUGCGUGCCGGUGAUGUGCAUUCGCUACGGUCACGGCGUGCUCUACGGGUUUUUUAAGCGCUUAACGAUUCGAUUGGCGAGCCCGCGUUAAUAUGCGCGCACGGAACACUUCAUUAACGAUCUGUAUGAUUACGGCAGCGUGCGUUGAAAAUUAUCGUCAACCUCCUUCCGUUCGGUUUUCGCUCUUGCCGCGCGUCGUUUUUUAAGAGACCCGGUCACACUAUAUACGCGCGCGCGGAAAUCCGCCGUAUUCGGCGCAACGGACAACAUUCGGCAAUCGAAUACGGCAACACGCGCACGCGCCGUGUAAAACAAAUACGGGAAAUUCACAGUCUAAACCGACCGAGACGAGAAGGAAAUUAAGAAAACAAAAAAAAAAAAAAAACCCGCAUUAUUAAUAAUUGUAGACGGCCGUAUUCCGAAGACACUAACUCGUCGGCGUUUUUUUUUUCGAAAUAUUAUAAUUUAUUAAAAGAGUUGUAAAUUAUGGUUUGAAAAAAAAAUGUAUAAGAUUUUUUUUUUGUAAACCAUUCGGAGAUGAACGCUUGAAAUGCUCAUAGGAUUUCGCCGGCGAGGUUGUCUUCGAAACGCUGUCAUUUAUACACACGCUUUUUAUAACGGACGUUUCGUAUUUAAAACCGGUCUCUAAAGGCUUUUUCGUAGGUGCGUUUUACGCGAACACGUUAUAUGUUUCGUAGACCAAGUUGUCAAACUAUACCACCGUGACGGUCCCUUGAUCGAAUUUGGUUCCCUCCCCCCCCCACCCCGGUUUCUUGAUGGUUACAUUAAUUACGUAAAUAUCGACUUAAUGUUAUUCGUUUUGGUUUUGGUCCGUGCGAUCGAAUCUCCGGGCUCAAAGACUGGUCUGUCCGUGUAUACGCGCGCCCGGGCGCAAACACGACUCUUAAAAGCUAGGGCCCUUUUAUGAUUUUAUACGCGGACAAAAAAAAAUUAAAAAAAUGAGAUCGAUUCAUUUUUAAACAAUUCGUGUCGAAUAUUCUGAUUGGAUUGAAAUACAUUAUAGGUGCACAGCCGUACAAAUUCUUACUGAAAAGUGUACGAAUCGCGUCGAAAUUAAUUUGAUUACAGCGGUGUAACAAGAAUAAUAUUAUUAAUAACCGGCGGGUAUUGGGGGGGGUGGGGGAGAAAUUCUAAACUGCUAACUGCGUAUAGCUACGUAGCGUGUCGUUUAUUCGCGCAAGAAAAAAAUUGUAGACGAACGAAAAUACGUGGGUUUUAAUUAACAUUAAUAUUGGUUAGGGAGCGAUUUUUUUUUUUUUUAUUUUGUACGUAAAAGAAAUGAUAUACAUAUAUACGCGUGUCGAUCGGAGCGUUUUUAAAUCUAGUAUAAAUAUUAAAAAAAUUAAUUAAAUUACAUUAGCCGGCGGAAAACAUUUGACAUUCAAACGAAAAAUAAUAUUAAAAUUACAUUUUUUCUUCUGACCGCGUUUUGUUUGUAUAUUUGGUCGUGUUUUCCACUGGCCAUUUUGGUAGGUACCUAUAUAAUACGGCAAUUUUUACUCGGACAUUUUUUUUACGUUAUUGAUUUAGUCAAUAUAGGCAACCCCGUACACGAUUUUCGGUCCUUAAAGCGUAUAGUGUAGUUAUAUAAUAUUAUCGUUUUGAACCGACAUGACAGGCAGAUAAAAAAAUUGAGUACUUACCGAUAAACUUACCGAAAAAAUGUCAGUGUAUACCUAAUACGAUACUUACCAGGAAAUAUGUAUACCCAUACACUCCAAUAUGCGGCCAGUCUAACCAUAAACGGAUAUUGGGGAUGGGACUGGGCAAAUAGCUUUCAAAAAUCAUCCAUAGCCCCCUUAAAUUAUUAAAAAGUAAAUGACUAAUUAUUUUAGCACUUCCAAAAUGAUAUUGACCCUAUAGGUAAUAAUAAUGUACUGUAAUAUAAUUGAUACAAUCAUCAUCUUUCUUUUUCUGCUCAUCGCUAAAAUACCCCAAAGCCCCCUCUCUUAAAUUCAAUCAAAUUUCUACCUAUGAGUCUAAUACAAUACCUACUAGUCCACCUAAUAAUCAUUAAAUUGUAAUGCAAAUGAUGACACUCACAAUUUGCCCGUAGGGAAAUAUAAUUUCACGUCCAUUGUGUUAAUCCAUAAAAUUGUUCAGCAAAAAGUACACUACUCUGAUAUCGGGCAAAAACUCUUCAAUGGUAUUACUAAGUUCGGUAGUUUGCCACUAUAUUCUUCUUUUGACGUAUUUUUCUAGGUUAUUUUGUAGCAUCUCUCGUUUUUAUUCCGUACUUAAUUUGACGUGCCGCCAUAAUGUUUCGACGGUUUGUUAGUGUGUUUGUCCCGUGUGUCGGAAUCUACACAGUUAUUUUCCGAACGGUUUUUCUGUAUAAUACGAUGCACACAAUCGUAAUAAUUGUUUAGUGUGUAUAUUCCGUUGGUCGGAAUGAAUUGUAAAAUUCUGUCGCAUUUCGUUGCAUUAUAGGGGAUUGGUGUUUCUCGAUAUCUUGUUUUUCACAGUAAAAAAAAAAAAAAAAAACAAUACAUUAUUCAAGCAGGUAUCACAGACAAGAAGAGUACCGAAAACCGUUUACCGGUCACGGCUGUUCAACGUGUCUGUAGACCAAUUCGUAGACGAUUCGUAUAGAAAUCUAUCGUUGGAUAAUGAGCGUACGCACCGAAAAUAAAUAGAAUAAUGAUUGUAAACGGGAGGUUUUUUUUUUUUCAAAUUUUAUAGCACCACGAAGGUCCAUAAAACGAUUAUAAAAUACACUACACGUUUUACUCGCGAAUGAUCCGAUGGCGUCCGGAAAUUCUUUACCUUUAAAAGUAAAGACCUUUUUUUCCAAUAUUCACAUCGUAAUCGUUACUAUUUACACGCGGCGUCGUUAUACGAGAUUAUAACAACCGGGAUCUCGUCGGAUAUCGUAAAAGAUUGCGCCGCACACGUCUUUGAAUAGAAUGUUUUAUUAUACAUUUCCGCGCGUCCGGCCGCGUAUCGAAAUCGUAACGAAACGUUCCCCUAGAUAUUCGAACGUUUAUCGUCCGUGUGCCAUCUGCUGUCCACAUUCUAUAAUAAAAAUUAUUAUAAUGUUAUCUUAUUCUGUUUUUUUUUUUUUUAUUAUUAUAAUUUGUUACAAUAAACGACGGGCCGUGAAAUAACGAGCGUGUAUAUUAUAAGGGGCCGCUGAUACCGCGACAUCGCGUUCAAACAGCGUUCAAACGAGCGAUAAAAAAACGAAAAUUGUAUAUUAUUUAUUAUAACACAUAAGUACGAAAUGUAUUCGUUUAAUCGUACCGACAUUAUAAUAAUUAUAACAAUUAUUGAAUCUGCAUGUCCUAUCGUUAAACCAGACAAUUUCAACGGAUCGCACGCGUUUCUAUACAAUCCGGACGUUUAAUAUUAUAAAUUCGGCGCAAUACGUUGCUGGAACCAAUUAUUCGUGUAAUUAUUAUUGUAUAUACGCCCGUGGGACGCGCCCCCGCCCGUCCCUCCCCCUCUCCUUCCUCCUUGAUUCGGAUUUGCGCGCGGUUCUAGAGGUAUUGAUAUUUUUUUUCUCCUCGCGCGGCCCUCUUGACGGUCAGGGGAACGACGUCGGAUGAGAGUGGGGGGGGGCGGCGGCGGAGGGAACCGUUUGGGAGAUCCGAGACGAGGUCGCAGUCGCUGUUUGUGUAUGGACGCGGGUCGGAAUAACGACGCGCGUGGGCAUUUAGAAAAAAAAAAAAAAAGAAAAAGAAAACCCCGGCGGUCGUUUGAAAAAAAUGAAUUUAAUACACAAAAACCGACACGGUACUACCAAAAUACGAUUUGCUACCGCAGUUGACCCGUACUCAUAUUAAGGGUUGAAAUCUAUUUAAUGUUAUUUUCUUGAACAUCUGAAUUUUAUUGAACUCUGAUUUUGAAUAACGGCAUAAAAAAAUUCAAUAAAAAAAACCUUUAAAAACUUGUUACAAAGUUUGUGAUGAUAAUAUUGAAAAUCAGAGUUCAUUGCGGUCUGGUCUUUAAAGUCUUUAAAAGUUUUGAGCUUUUUUACAUUUCAUAGGGAAACUGUUGGUAAUCUAGACAUGUUUUUAAAUAAAUAAGUUAUGCCCGGUGAAUAAUCCGGCAUUUUUUAAGACGAGACAUAGAAAAUCGGAGCAUUUUUACUAACCGAAAAGGUGUUUUCCGAGAAGAAAAAACACACACGUAGUUCAACUAUAUACUUAAUGGCUUGUUCUUAUCGCUACACUCGGAAUAUAAAAUCAAGUGUGUAUGUGGUUAAAUCCCGCCCCAAUCAGAAACUCCUAUCUUAUCUCUCGCAGUGAAAGUCCCAUCGGAUUUUGUUCGGCCGUUUCCGGGAUCAGCCAGGACACGUGGAUAGACACUUCACGUUUAUUUUUAUUGUGUGCCACGUAGAUACGUGUCCCGUACGCGUUCUAUGAUAAAAUAUUAAAUCGCGUGAGAACGAAAUUGUAUUUCCGGAACAGUUUCGUGGGGAGCCGCCACCGGUAAGCAUAAUAAUUAUUGUUGUGCGUAUAGUCGUGGCAUGCAACGAGUUUCCGUACGAAUUUUCGUAUACUCGCGGACUUUUGUUCUCUUUUUGUUUUGGUUUUUACCACGCCGUAAUAAUAAUGAUAUCGUCGUUUUAUUUCCGUAAUCGAUAUUCUUAAAAUCAAAACGAUUUCUUGAAUUUGAAUUUCUAUAAACCGGUGGCCCACGGAUUUCUGAAUCCCGAAUAUUUCGUCUCCUCGGUAAAACAUCGGCAGAAAAGGCGGUGAAAUUUUACUCGAUGACAAAUAUUCUCUCGAGAAAUGUCGAAGCUAUACUGAGAGUGUUUGCCAUCGACUUUUUUUUUUUAUCAUUACUCGUUCGUUUUAUUUGUUUGAUCGCCGUCGUUGAACUCUACAAUAUUAUUGUGUUUGACUUGUUUUGAUCAAAGAAAAUAGUGUAUUAUUCGAAAUCGUUCGAUAAAAGAGAAUAUUCGAUUUUAUUAUGGCCCCUGGGGUAUAGUUCCAGCAAGACGAUUAGGACGUAACUAACUGAAAUAUACGUCCGGUCACAUGGGAGAAAAUAUGAAAACAUUCGUGUCUAUUUUAUAACGACGUCGACCAUUUUCUAUUUUUGAAAUUCACAUAUGUACAAAAGAAAAAUAGUAUAAAAUAAUAAUAAUAUUAACAUUUCGUAAAUAACUGUAUUAUUAUGUUAGGUAUUAAAAUUCGGAGAACUACUUAUAUUCAUCUCAUAUACAAUUUGAUUUUUUAGAUUCUGAGCCGAUCGAGCGCUCGGCUAUUUUAUUUAUUUUAAAUAGCCAAAUUUUCGAAUUUAGGAAAACGUUUUUAUAAAUAAACGCAGACAUUUUGAACCGUCGAUACCUAUACUCGAAUAAUAUAAAAUAGAAUUUAAAUUUGAAUGUCGGAUAAUUUAAUUAAAUAAAUUAGUAGUUGUCUUUUAUAUUCUCUAAUAAAAUUAGCUCAAUUAUUAAAUUAUACAAUUGCAAGCAUUGACAAUGUUUUUCUUUUUAGAAUAUAAAAAGGUAUACACAGAUUUUGUUCAUGUAGUACAUAAAGUGAUAGUAAACAAGAUCUAGAUUUCAAAUCUAGAACAAGAUGUUAGACAAAAUAGAGGAAAUAGACAAUGAUGAAAUUAUCAAAAUACUCAAGUCUAAAAGCACAUUAAUGUUGAAUAAGAUUUCUUAUUAAAUAUAAAAAAAAAAAGUAGAAAUUGUAGCAAUUAUAAAAUUGUAUUAAUUUAUAUUAAUAAUUUAAAUUAUUCACUUGUAUUGUAUCAUAUAGUUACUUAGACAACAGUUAUAAAUGUGUAUACUUGUAUAGUAAACAUAAGUUGUUUAAAAAAAAAUAAAUACAUUGUAUAGUAAUAAAGUAUUAUUGGACUACCACAGAUAUAAAGUAAAAUCAAAAAUAAAUUAAAACACCCGAUGAUGGUGGUGGGGAUAUUCCAAACUUUUAAAUGCUAUUGCUAAUUUUAUUAGAAAAUAAUGUACGUUAUUGAAUUAUUUCGCAUUUUAACUCACAUUUUAUUUUAUACUAUUUGACUAAACGACUAAUGUUAGUGAAGUAUAUUUGGUGAUAUUACUGGUAGGUAUUAAAGUAAUUUAUUUUCCUGUUGGUAAUACAACGUAUCUAGGUUGAAUUAAUUUUACGGGCUAAAUUUAUAAUUUAAUAUUUGAGUUGAUUUUGUAAGAAAAUACAGUGUUAUCUACUAAUGUACGCAAUUAAAUUGUUUAACAUUUCAACAUUUUAUAUUAUAAUAUUUGAGUAUAUUGACGUUUCAAAAUGUUUGUGUUAAGAAAAAACGUUCUCUAAAUGUUUAAAUUUGGAUGUUUUAUCCGUGGAUAUUUUGACCGAUUAUCGGUUUUACCUUAUUUUUGUCUACAUUUUUAUUUUAUUUUAUUUUUAACAAAUUUUAACCAAAAAUCUUGCUCCGUUUCAAGCCUAGUAUCUUUAUUUCUAGUAAAAAAUGUUAUCUAUUUCGUGCAUUGAGGAUGCAUUUUGUUGAUUUUUCUUGUAGCAUUCUAAAUAAAAAAAAAAGGGCAAAUCAUUACGCCACAACGGUUUUCUGUUAUUUUCGAUUUUUUUUUUUUUUUUUAUUGUAAUUCAUUUAGGAAUUAUCGUUGAAAUUUUUGCUAACCGAAUUACAACAGAAAAACCGUGUAAUUGAACCGUUUACAAUGGAAAUAGAAAACGAUCGCCUCGAAAACCUACUAUAGAUAAAUUUGUCCAUCAGAAAUGAUGCUGUACUUGAAAUUCGGAGCCAUAUUCCCGGUAGAAAAUUUGUCAGUCGACAAAAAACCAACCGAUCGAACAUCAUAAAUACGCGUCAUAAUCAAAUCGAAAAGCACGCCCCAUUACGCGCUCAUAUAGUCAUUCCUUAUUUUUAUUAUUAUAUCUCGUCCAACGAACAUCAAUUCAUACGGACGUCCGAGAAUUAAUCUCCUAUAUAAUCGAGUAGGUACCGCGCAGAUGUAUAUUAUUAAACGGACCGGAAUCAAUAAGGCGUUAAGGGCCCAGGCCGUUAUCGGUCGGACACACGAGUGCAGCCCACGUACUCGGGAAAACGAAUCGAAGCGCGAAAACGUUGAUGAUUUAUCGCCAUCGUCGGUCGUAUCCAAAUGUUUUAUCGUUUUUUAUUAAACAGGUUUUUCCGUUUAUGACGUGUGUUAGAAGGAAAACGACGAAAUGACAAGCCGCGACGGCUUUUUCCCCCCACGCUGUCAUAAUUAUACAGACUGAAGUUCAGUUUCGUAGCCAAGGGGAAGUGCAUUUAGCGGGGAAGGAGAUUCCACUGAAAUUUUUUAGAUUCUGAACGAAGCGAGGAAUGUAUUGUUUAAAAGUUGGCGUGUGGUUUUUGAUACAGUUUUUCCUGAAUGACGUAUUAAACAAUUUUUCUAAAUCUUAAUGAUCUUAAAUUCUAAAUCUUCAAUUUCAUUAGAGGUUUCUGGUUGAUAAAUCACAGCAUUUCGAAUACUAUUUUUCGAUUUAUGCGAAUACAACUAUUUCGGCUCUAUUCAAAUGUUCAUACAUCGGAAACAUAAAAAACAAUAUUGUUAUUUAUUUCGUAAUUAAAAAUGUUCAACAAAACAAAACUAACCGAACUUUGUGUUCAGAACCGUUUUUCGUUAGCUAUGAUCUAUGAUCCAUCGUUUCGUAUAGGUAUUAAUUGAAUAACUCGCCUAUAAUAUAUUCUACCUUUUUAAAUUUUAGUAUAUAUAUAUAUAUAGGUAUUCUAUUACUCUAAAAUAACAAAUAGUAGGUACCUACCUAAUAAUACAAAAAUAUAAUUUCCCCUCCAACUUCCCCUCCUGGUCACGACACUGCUGCAGUUAAUUCGAAUAAAAUUACGUUAUAAUUGCAGAUACUUUUUUUUUUUAAUCCGUUGCCUCUGACGAUUAUAAUUAAUUAUAAUUUAUACAUUAUACUACACGCGCGAUCCAUACACGAUUCAAUAUAUAUAUAUGUACACACGUUCGAUUUGAAAAAACGAUUCAUACUUUAUAUUAAAAAACAUAAAAAAAAAAACAACUCAUGUCGAUUAUAUCAGCAAAAAAUGUCCGCGUGACGCCGUCAUUCUUAUGUAUUAUAAUUUGUAAUAUUAUAGUUAAUUGCACAGCGAUUAUAAUUAAAUAUGUAUCGAGUUUAUCGAUAAAGUAAUAAUUUAUAUUUUGAAUAGAGUUUGAAUAGUUUGCCGUAUUUUUCUUUCCAAUUAAAACGGCCAAUAUAAUUAUGAACGUGCAAAAAUCUGUUCGCAUACACGAAAAGUAAACGAAAAGUGACUUUUAAAUAUCGUGUCGAUAAUAGUGACGCCCGCGGGGUGGGAAGAUUAGGAGUUAUAUCACCCUCCCCUCAAUUGGCUUUAAAACGGAACAGUUAUAGUUAUUAGUGUUUACUUAGUAAUUUUAACUUGAAAUUAUAUACUUUAGCUAAAUUACAAGGAAAACAACUUGGUGAUUUGUUGAAUACAAAUUGAACUUUUCGGACCGACUUUCUGAAUUUUCACUGUUUAUUCAAAAAUUAUGAUAAUUGCUUGCUACAUCCCUUCUUCUUUAAACUGGGCACACCACUGUUAGAGACAAAAAGCCAAUAAUAAACUGCAAUUUGUAUGAGCUGUAUAUAAUUUGAUGAUUUUUUCGUUGACAAAGAAAGAUUUUAAAUGGCUCCGUUCCUUUUCUAAUCCUCUUAAGCAUAACAAAACGAUUGAGACCAAUUUUUCGGUUUGGUCGAUGUUAUGAAGCAUUCUGAAAACAGAUUUCAGUUCACCGUGAAGUGUGAGGUUUUUCUUUAUACAUUAUAAGAUCUUCAAAUCUAGUUUUUUGGAAGUUAAGAACUGAAAAAUUCGAAUAAGUGUCCUGACCGAUCUUAUGGACAUUUCGCGCAGUUUUCAGAAUUAGUAUCCUUUCUGUACAUCGAUCGCUUAAAAAUACUGAUCUAGAUUGCUAUGCAAUGUAUGUUAGACGUGGAGAGAUGAUAAGGAUAAUGAUGUAUCAGAUCAUCUUAUAGGGCUUGAUGUGAGUUUUUCAAAUUUUUUCCAUUUUAGAAAAAUUUAAAAAUUAUUUUUAACAUUUCAAUUGUCACCUUAAAAAUAAGAUUUUCCUACUGAUCUACUACCCGAUAUCCAUUUAGGGGAAGGGCUGGGGCAGUUGUUACUGAUGAACAUAACUUUACAGAAAUUAACUCAUUGUAAAUUCAAUAUUUUCAUAAAAAAAAAAAAUUGUUAUUGAUAAACAACAACAUUCUACAAGCCGAAAUGAUCUCCGAUUUUUAAAUUCUAAUUUUAAAUAAGGCAAAAAAAAAAACAAAACUUAAAAUUUGUUUUUUUUAAAGACUCAUUAUAAAUGUUGAAAAUAAAAUAUUGAAAAACCGAGUUCAACGCGGUGUGUAGAAUGUUUUUCUCUAUUGAUUAAAAAAAAAUAAAUAGUUAAAUUUGGUUGAUUCAAUUGAACAUUAUCACUAUUUCCGUAUUAAUUAAUUUUUGUGAGCAAUACGAAAUUGGCACCGGACGCCUUAACACAAUUUAUUUCAUUAAAUUUUCAAGUUUAUCGUUUUAAACGGUAAUUUUUUUAUAUUUUUAUUGUCAUCUAUUUAUCUACACUUAUACUUUAUUAUACCCGGUUAUCUGUUGUACGCGAUGAUUUCAGCGUAUUCACAAUGCACGCGGGCUGAUUACGUUACGUUAUUAUAAUAAUCGGCUGUCGGCAGCCGCGUAUCUCCUCCUCUUUAUAACCGAUUCGAUUAUAAGACUAUAGAGAAAACGAGGGAGAGAGACAGUUAAACGACGAGAUUUUAUAACUUCCGCGCUUCAAUUAAAUUAAAUUAAAACAUUAUCGACGGUGUCGUAUUACACGAGGUUAUUCACGGAACCCGGAAAAUGAUUUUCGCCAUUUAAAUCCGUCGGUUUUGUCGACUCAUUAACUCCGCGACCACGUUUAUUCAAUCGAUUGGUUUGCAAAGGGCAGGGAGCUUAACCUAACCUAACCUAAGGAGUCUCAUCACUAAUAUUUGUUUUCUUCGUCUGUCUUUCUCUGUCCACGUGUUUCGCGUGAAAUAUUAUAGCAAUAAAGUCCAUUGAUUUACAAGCAAAUUGAUGUUUUUCUUUUUUCUGUGGACAAUUUUUCUGUUAGCAAUUUUGCUUAGAUUUACAAUGAUAGCACUUUUUCGAAAAGGAAAUCUCACUGGGGAGGUGUUUUGAGGAGGUUAUUUUUUAAUUUCCCAGAAUAUUUUCCAAACAAAUGGGAAAAAUACAACAGUGGCCCACCCACGUGCGAAGUAUGUCCGUUUUUUAAAAUUUAGAUACCUGUUUGCAUUUUUUAAUUGAAAUAAAAUUCUUUUUUACUCAUAUCUAUAACUUCAAAAAAUGUGAAAAUUUAAAAAAUCACUCGUUGAGGUCCUAGUAAAUACUCUAUUUUUUUUUAUUAAUUGAAUUUAAUGUGGUCUCUUUGCCUUAAACUUAACCGGAGAAUCACAAUCGUGGAAAUGCGAAAUGCCUUUGUUAGGGCAAACGACAAAUUUAUGACGAAGCGUCUUAACGUAAUAUAUAAACUACCUACAUCAAAUAAUUUGAAAUCCAUCCGACGUUGUUUUCGUUCCACACGCGCGUACAGAAUGAUUGUUCCUAAUAAAUUCCCCUCUUUAAAAAUUAAAUCACGUUUAUAUAUUGCAACUGAAACAUUUUAAUGAAAAUCGAGAGUACGGCAUUUAAACGCGACCCGAAAAAGUUACACAUUUUCAAGACCGCUUUUAUUUAGCAAGCGUAAUUUAUUAUAGUGUGUGAAAAAAAAAAUUCUUGUGUACAAAGUAUUAACAUUUAAAAAAAAAAAAAUUAAAAAAGUCGUUGAGAUUCUUUAGUCGACAUCACGCUGGUACAAAAAACCUAGGUACGAAUAGGUAUACGCAAAGUGGUCGAGAGGAACGAGAAUGAAAAAUAAAAAAAAUCAUAUUGUUCGCGAAAUAUCAAAAACGACAAAACGUGUUUUGUAUACUUUCCCGUCGAGCUUUUUCCGAGUGCACUUUCAUUUUCUCGCUCGCAUUUAAAACGCAACGGAUUCGAGUGCUCGAUGUAUCAAAGUCGCGGACAUGCGUCGUCGACAAAGCCAAUGAAUAUUCGUCGUUCAUCGAAGCGGCCGUCUUUAAACCAUUGAAAAUAAAUUGCACAAUCCUCUAGGUACGCGUCACUUUAUACAAAUUAUUAUUGUACCUGGGUGUUUAAACUACUACUUAGAUACGAAAAAAAAUGUCGAGAGAUAUUUUUCGAAGACAAUCGGACGAAGGACAGUGUUCGAAAACUCGUUUUUGAUUUUCAAUCAUGUUGGCAAAUAAAGUAUAUUUUGUUGAACUUUGAAGAGGUUUUUUUUUUUUUAAACAAACUUCCAAACUAAUACAAAUAAUUGCUCUCUUUCUGAUAGCAUGUAUUGAGAUUUCGACUGGUUCGAUUACAAUUCUGUUAAAAAAACUACUUUACGGUGAUUAUUUGACGUCUGUUCUAGACAUUUUUAAAGACAUUUUUCUGAAAUAUACAUUUCAUAAUAAUGCGUUAGUAUAAAAACGACAACAAUACGGACGUUUUCGAUUGGUCUUAUAGGAAAUUCAAUAAAUUUUAUUUCGAAAAAAAAAAUGCCUCGAUUAAUCUAUAGAUGUCGAACAAUCAUAUAUAUAUUGUUGAGGUUUUUACGGAAUUGAAAUCACAGACUGGCGAAAAUCUCAAAACGAUGUCAGCGAGAACGUUUUUUUUGCAACAUAAUAACGUGGGUGUUAGACAAUGACGGACUAUCUUAAAAAAAAGAAGACGUUUAUAAAUAAGUCGCAAAAAGCUCUAAAAAGUAAAAAAAUUUUAAGACUUACUUCAGAAUCCAACAUUGAAGUCAGCGAAAAAGUGAAAAACGUCGAGCGAUGGAACUUGAUAUUUUAAUCGAAUAUUAUCUUUAUUGACGUGGCCUAUAAAACGCACGCAAUCAAUUCGUAUAACCAAGCCACCGCGAUAGUAAUAAAUUUGUUAAAAAUUAAAACGUACCUAACCUCCAACCGCGCGCGCCGAUACGAGCAAUUUGCCAGAUCGUCGGCUAGCCGUCGCCACUACCGUUACUAUAUUAAAUCAUUUUAAGCGAUUUUUACAUUUUUUUAUCGCACACAACGUACGCGUAAUCGUUCAAAAAUAGUUAAUCGUCACGUUUUCUUUUUUUUUCUCAUCGAAUUUUUUACGGCGGCGACUGUUGUCACGUGUUCACUGUCCGCCGGACAAUGAUUCGCAUACGGCCUCGUCUGAGCACGUUCGGUACAAAUAAUAAUAAUAAUUAUUACUUAUUCCUUCUUUUUUUUUUCUUAAACAUCUUAGCGAGCCAUGAAGUCCCAGCGCUGCCUCCACGUCAUUCCAUCAACCUGUCAUAUAAUGUCUCCUCAAUUUGUAUAUUUUCGUUGACCGUUUCUAAACCCUUUUCCACCACAUCUUUCCUGCGCCUUCCUAGAGGUCUUUUGCCAGCAAUUCUUCAUUCUGGUACUCGUUUAACGUUCACUUACACAGCCAUUAAUUCUAUCGAUAACGGAAUUAUCGUUUAUCAACACCAAAUUCGAACAGUCUAAUUAUUCCGAUCACAACGUCAGCCGACACGAUUUUGUUCAAUUUCGAAAUGGUACACAGGCCAUCCGAUUUUUCAAAAAUGUAAUUUCUUUUUAUCGAUUUUUCAAUAAAAUGUUAACCUGUGUAAAAUAAACGAUUGUCUUUACUUAUAAUUUACUCUCUGUAACACAACAAUCGAAUGUCUUCGCUUUUGAAGUGACGUGUUGAGAAACGAUUGCUCAAGUGUAUUACUUUGUGUGGGUGCGUGUGUGUCGGGUUAUCGUCAAUAAUUAUCAAACUAAAAUAUAAUAUUAUCAGUUGUUUAGCGCGCCCGGACAUAAAAUAUUUGGUUUAAUCAAAUAUCUGUGCAGUUUACGACGUGAUUUCAUUUUGAAUAUUGUUAUAUUAAAAUACCGGGCGUGUAAUAAUAAUACAAUAAUCGUCGGACGCGAUAAAUCCUGCGGUAUAAAAGUAGAUGCGCUGUUCUCACAAAAAAUAAUAAAUUAAAUUUUUUAUGGUCGAGCAAUUUUCUUCUCGAAAUAAAAACGAAGACGGUCGCAAUAACGUUUUUGUUUUAAUCGCCCAAAAUCCAAUCGAAUUUCGUUAUACAACCGUACUACAACAGUGUAGGUACUUGCGGUUUACUUGAAUUGUUGUUGUUAAUUUUUUUUUUUUUUUAUAAUAUUUAAUAACUAUAUAAAAAGGCCAGACACAUUUUGCAUCACGAAAAGACCAUACUGUUGUAAAUGGGAAGUCAGGAAAUUAAUUGUAUGGUCGAUAUAUUUGAAGAUAUACUGAACGCAACGAUAAAUCUUUGUAAUCUAAAAUCGAUUCUGAGCGGAACUCGGUUAAAAUUUAGGUACGGUUGUGCGCAGUAUUUUAGUUGCGCGGUAUCCUCUUGUAGCCAAAAAGGUAAACUAGCAAACAAUACAAGAACAAAAUAAAAAUAUUAUCAUUUGUUUUCGGUUUUUGUUCUUUUUAAUCGUUUAGAAAAUAUCAAAAUCGCAGCAUAUCAUAUUUUUAUUCGUCAAAAGAAAUCGUUUUCCAAGGAAAAAACACAUCUUAGUAAAACUUAGUAAGCUUCUCCGUUAUACGCACUCGGGGUCUGAAAAAUCAGUAGGUAGUAAAUUUGUGAAAAUUAAACACAGCGGUGCAAUUUAUUUCUGUCGCAGCUGCAGUCAUAGUUACACGAUUUAUUUACAAACGUAACGAUAAUAUUAUGCAGUCGAAAUUUGUUUUUCUUUCCCGAUUUAAAUGCUGCAGCCGUUAACCGGUAUCAGGUUAGGGCUAAUGUCAUGUGCGAGUUUUGACGUUUAUUUCAUGGCCGUAAAAUAUUUUACCCUCCGGCAUCGUAAUAAUAACGACGAGACGAUCCGUUCUAGAUCCAAGUGUUUACAAAAAAAAAAAAAAAAAAAAAUAAAAAAAAACUGACAUUAAUUGUAAAAAUAUAUAUUAUAAUAGGUGUAGUGGUCGCGUAAGUAUAUAUGUACACCUAUGUACAUGUAUAUUACGAUAUUUUGAUAACGUGCCAAAAAGACCGUUCUAAAACGAACUCUUCUUAUUUUGGCUCGGCCGCACCGUACUGCAGAUGACGGACCGAAUAUUCAUCUCGCUUUCAGCUUAAAUAUUAUAAUAACUGUUUUAAAUUUUAAUUCGUCAGAAUAAUCUGCAGAGUCUGUCGUCAAAGGGACGCCGCACACGCCGCACACCACACGUGACGUGUUGUCUCUCGACUUACACGUUUGACGAAUUCGCGUACAGCAGCACCGAAUUCGUGCUUGUUAGGUGAUCGGUACCUAGUGUUACAGCGAAUCGACCUAUUAUUAUCAAACACGAAGGUAUGAGUAAAACGCGGUUGUCCGUGCUUUUAUGUGUUGCGAUUUAUCUCGAAAAUUUGAUUUCAUAGCGAGAUUUAACGUUAGGCGUGUGAAAUGCCCAUAGACAUAUAACGCGACUAUUUUAGAUAACUGACUGCGUGUACAAUUACGUCCUAUAACAAGUAUGAAGUUGGCAACCGGAAACACUGUAAGAGUGCAUUUUGUAUUGCUAAGCAUAUUGUACAGCAACAGAGCUUAGUAAGUAUAAGUUUCUUUUGGUAACCGGCUACAGUUAUUAAUUUGACGUCGAGAUUUUACGCCUGUAUACAUUACGUAGAAACGAUAUUAGACUAUUAGAAUUAAAAUACUACAAUACCGUGCGGUUGAUUUCGAAUAUUUUUCAACAAAUUUCACCGUUUCAUUUUGAUAUUUCUGAUACAUAUAGUACAUAUAUUUGUCUAUCCGUGUAUGUUAACGCACAUUGUAGUUUUCAAAACAUGUUCCUCGCCACUUACAAGGCUCACGAGCCGUUACUGCAGUCAAUUUCCAUAAUAGUUGUGUCAUGUAUCUAAAUAUGAAUGGAAAUAUCACAAUUUAAAAACCGCGUAUAUCUCGCUUAAAUAUAAUACAGUGGCCCAGUGGCGCCGAACGAAAUCGAAAUCGGCAGUUCAAAUAACCUCUUCCCCUCUAGGGUAUUUAUUUGAUUGACAUUUCCGUAGGGGGAGGGAUGUUAUUAACUUAAAACACGCUCGGGUCGCCAUAACUAUAAUACAAUUUUAAAUCCGGAACAGCUGGCCGCAAGUAAUAUAGAAAAUAAUUGAUUUGCGGUUCAAUUUAACAGGCCGAAGUAAGUGUUCGGCGCCACUAUAUAUUAUAUAUAGAUGCCGUAUCGAUAAAAAAAAAAAAAAAAACCAAACUAUGACCACUGCAGAUAGAUCGCCUUUAAGUUCGAUACGUUAUCGGCUUUAAAAUUACGGCUGAAAACCGAUUCUGUUGAACGUGGAAAUUUCGCACAGGCGCGAAGGAGACUCUUCGCAAACGAAUAUCGCAGGAUUUGCGUUUUGCACGGCCGUUUUAAAAAUUGACCGCUUUGGACGGUCUAAACCAAAAAAAAAAAAAUAAGUCUUUUAUAAUAAGUCAAAUUAAUAUUUUUCGAUUAUUUCGUGUACGGUUCUAAUAAAAAUAGUACAAACGUACCGUAUUGGUAGUAAAAAAUACCGUGAAACACAUUUCGUUGAUUACCACGACUGAUAAUAACGGCGCAACCGAUAUAAUUUGUUUGCAUUUUUUUUUUUCGUCUUCGCCUAAUCUGACGCAAUAAUUAUUCAUUAUCCCGAGAUUUAUAGUCGUAAAUUAUACUAAAACCAUACUAUGCAUACAUAUUUAUAUACAAUAUAACGAUACUACGCCGCGAAAAUUGUACUACAACCACCACCUGCGCCAUUAGCUGUCCGAUUUCGUUUUUUUAACGAACCCGGGCAUCGUCGAGUCACCGAGCGACGGCGCGAACGGGAGAAAGACGUUUAGACAUCGUACCCGGAAAAGUCUACUAUUCAACGAUAAAUUAUUAUUGUUUUUCGAAAUGAUAUUACAGUGCGUUGGGUAUGAUGAUAAAUCAUACCGAUUCGAUGUGCGUUUAUUGUCUAUAACAAUAUUUACUCGUGUAUGUAUUUUUAAGGGAAUUUUAUUGCCGUACCUAAACCGAUCGUUGUUUUCCAUCGUAGGUAUGCAUGAUUGAAAACAGUCAACAAGUACUUGUAAAAAAUAAUAUGUAUCGUGAUUAGGAUGCGUUGUUCAAUGUUCGACUGCGUGUGCUCAAUGUUUGACUGCACGCUGUUUGAGUGCAUUAGAAAAUAGUGCGAUGUCGUUUAAUAAUAUUUUAAAGGCCGCUAAAUAAGUAGUAGUAGUAGUAAAAAACGGAAAAUUGUUUCAAACGCAUUUUUGUUUUAUUUUAUAACAUACCUAUUUAAUUGCAAACAAAAUGUGUACAUUUUAAUCAUGUUUAAAACGUUCAAUUUUUAUUUUUUUUUUUUUUUUACCAUAUUAUGUAUGUAUAGCUAAUUAUAAAUAAAUUGUUACUUCUCGAUUCAAAAAUAAUAGAAAAUAUUUAUUUUUAAAAAGUUUUAAACAUUUAAACAAGUUUUUAACAAAACACUUCGCGUCCUUGGAAAUAUGUAUAUCUUUUAAAACGGAAUUCUUUAAACGCCACCCUAAUUUAUUGUUGUUUUUUUUUUUUAUUCGUGGAUGAAAAAUAUUUAUUAUUUCACGAUCGCCGAACGAUAAAAUAGCAUAGUGAUAACGCGACGAAAAAAAUAAAAUAGGUUUCAAUUAUUACUAACGGCAGUCGGUCGUCGCGACUAUGAUAGGAUGGCGCGAAUCACAUACAGUAUUUUUAAUAAUAUUAUUAAAAUGUUACUGCGAAUUACAAUAUAAUAGUGAUAAUAAUAAUUUCUUCGACGUCAAUUCGUGCUAAAACAAUUACGAUUGUAUUUGCAGGUUAAACAGUACGUCAUUUUUACUCAAAUUUUGACAUUUGAAUUUCGAUUUGAUAUAACUCAAAUAGAAUUAUAUGGAUUGCUGAACGGAAAAAGGGCACAUGUUCGAAUUUCUACAUUUUUCAAAUAAGACUAACACAUUUAAUAUCUAUGAAAAUAAUUGAAAAUAAAUGCUUCCUAUGUUCAUAACUAAUUAUUAUUAUUAUUAUUUCUACAGUGUUCGAUGACAUCUAUACGUUCCUAUAAAAAUUGUAUGAAAUAUUAUCUAGGUGCUUAAAGAAUUUAUAUAUUGUCUUUCUCGAAAAAUUGAAAAAAUUUGAACAUGACAUGCUCUUUUUGCAGUAGUUAUAUAGGCAGCAGUAGUUGUUUCCGAAAUGUCAACACUUACUUAUAAUAUAUCCAAGAGCCUUGGAUCAAUUCUCCGAAGCGAACACACAAACCUCUAGACAAAAAAGUAAUUCCUAUCGACGACAUAAAUAUUUAGUUCUUGUUUGUUAUAGCUGUUGGAAUGCAUGGCGAAAACCCGUGAUUCAAUAUUGAAAUGGGCGUUUUCAAAAUUAUAAUGUAGAGGUAUUAUUUCGUAUAAACUUUAAAUUUUUUUUUCUACACUAUUUCUAUAGAAAAAAAAAAAAAAAUACGAAAAACUUCAAGGCUGACGUUACGCCGGUUAAACGAAAAACGCGUUCGGAAACUUGCAUAAUAUACUGCGAACAUGUAAUUACAAAAAUAAAUAAAAUAAAAAUGACGCGCCGUGUUGGGAAUAUCGUAUUUCAUUUCGACACAGCGAUUAAACGUAUAGUACAACAAAACCGAAAGAAAUACAUAAAACAAUGAUACCGGAGUCGACUAUAUAGACAACGAGGCGGUCGGAAGGAUAAACAAUUUUCCAAACGGAGCGCACAAAUAUCGAAAUGAAAACGCAUUUGUUGGACACGAAUUCUCGUUAUUAAAUUGUCAUCCCCUCGCAGGGUUAAAACGAAAUCUCGUAAACGGUAAAAUAAAAUCGGAGCUGCGCGAGGUUUCUAUAUAAAUUGUUAAAAACCAAAAAGGCUUCAAUAACGGGAUCAGGAGUACCUGUUUUCCGAUAUUUUCGCGAGAAUAAUAUUGCGAUUUUCCAGUAAAUACAUUUAAUUGAACGUAAUCAUACCAAUGCAUUUUACCAGACGUGAACCGUUGACUUUUGAAAACCCCCAUCGUUCGAGUUAUUGCAGCUGCAGCUGCUGCUGCUGUUGCUGUUGCAGUCAUCGUAAUAAUACUAUCGUGUAGAACGCGGAUUUUUUUUUUAUGUAAAAACACAUGUUACUAUUGAAUGCAUAUGCGUGACUACGGGAAUAUGAUAUUGUGUGUCCACGGUUCUCGAUAUAAAAAUUAAAAAAAUACACAAUUAUGUUUUAAAUAUUUCGACGUUGUUGAGAAAAUAUAUUAUAUUUUACGAUAUGAACCUAUGAUACCUAUAGUAUGUUUUGUUUUUUUUUUUUUCGCAUAUUUUACGAAAUAUUAUUUUCAAAUAUCGUCAAGAGAAUAUAAUAUUAGGCAUCGUGUUGUUUCGGUUCUAUUAGGAGAAUAUAAAUUCCGCAUGGUUAUUUAUUUAAUUUUUUUUAAAAUUGUAAUCCGCGUUGAGCAAUAUUCAAUACCUACGCACGUUUCAAAGGUUAUUAGGCCCACAUUAUUAUAUAACUAUUACUAUACAUUGGACAGAGUAAAAACUUUGUUUUUUUUAUGUAACCUUUGCGGCGGCGCUGUUAUUUUAUCUAAAUAAUACACGUAUAUCGCAAUCAAUAUUCAUAUGUUUACUGUAUAUUUUAAACGAUUUAUGCCUUCGCGUCGUCGUCGUCGUCGUCGUCGCCGUGAAAAAAACACGUUCCAAUCUGUAACUGUAUAAUAAUUUGAUUAUCGUUCGUAUCCCCGGUCCCCCCCGGUUCACACCGCGAGGUCUGCGCGAACCAGACUGAUUAUCGUUCUGAAAAAUAAAAUUAAAAAAAAAAACCAAGAAAAGGAAAUUAAUUAGAAUUUCAAACAUAACAUUAAUAUCAUACAGCAGUUACACGAUUUAAUCGCAGAUUUGGCCAAUUGCUUUUCCUACGAAUCCUUGAAAUCUGACAAUUCGACGUUAUACGAGUUGAUAAUAUUCUUGGUAUGAAAAAAAUGUAUAUUAUAUAUUUUUAUCGGCGUUUUCCAUUUUAAGUUUUGAUGCAUAUUUACCAUAAAAUAUUAAACAAUAUAUUGGCAAUCGUCGAAAAUCGAAUAAGUUAUCACUCUGUAUUUUUUACACGCGUGUUCUAAUACGUCGAUAUAGUCAGAGUUUGAAGUGGCAAAGGGCACUGUAAUCUCCAUUUUAUUUUGAGCGUUCCAUCUUCAGUCCAUUGAUUGUUGUCUAGAACAACGAACUGACGGCGUGCGGUAAAUGACAUACAUGGAAAACGUAAAAUAAUAAAAAAUACCAACGGACACUUCAUCUUCAGGAAUUAGUGAUAAUUUUCUUACUUGCGUACCUUUUGAAGAGUAUGAUAAAGCGAAGACGCCUUGUAAGCGCGGACAAAAUUAGAGGAACUGUACGUCCUCUUGGAAUCCCUCCACUUUAACUCCUGGUCUUCUUUUUCGCUUAUCACGCGUUCCAUGAAAUUGCAAAAAAAACACACGAGUACAUAUAAAAAAAAAAAAAAAUGCCUACUGUCGAAAUACGAUUUUUUUGCUAUUUUCUCGAAUCCUCGUAGAAUAAUAAUACAUAAUUGGUAAUAGUACUUACUUUGUUGAUUGUUAUUGGGCGAAAAAUUACUGGCAAUCUUUUUAAUAAAAAAAAAAUUAACGUUUGUUUUAUUAUGUUAGACAAUUCGAAAUCCUCUCGUUCAAUUAUAAAUAUGUAUAUAUAUAUAUAUAUAUAUGUUAUAUUAUACAAAACAAGUGUACGAACAAGAUUUAAUUUUUUUAACGGUUUAGUAAAACUCACAAUCUACAAUAUAAUUAUAUUCGCCUGCAUGUUCGGCCAAUUUAGACCGUUAAACGGUAAUAAAAAAAAAAAAAAAAAUUUUUAUUUUUUUAAACUCUACUGCUAAACGUUUAAGUACCUACUCGGUUUUUAUAUUUUUAAUUCGAACGUUUUUAUUAUACGCAAGACACGAUUACUAUUUUUUAAUUUGUUUAAUACGGAGAUGAUCUCAUUUUCCUUGAUUUUAAAAAUACAUUCUAGAACAUUCGCUGUUAUCGCGCGAUAAGGUAAACACAGCGGUAAAACCAUAUUUUAUUAGCGUUUUUUUAAACUCCUCUAGUAAACCGAUAUUAAAAAGUAUUAUAUGCUUCAUUGAUUUCAAAAUCGGUUUUCGCGGUACCGCGGGUAUAGCCCAAGAGAGCCCACAGUCUUAGAAAAUAAGCCUGUCUACUGUCCCCCGUCACUAUUGCAGCCUAUUGAACGACGUCCCUAGAAAUAGUUCGCAUUUUACUUUACUUACUUGAAGUAAUUUUGUUUGAGCAGUUUGAGGUAAUUGCAUUCGUAUUAAUUGUAUUCUGGUAAUUUAUUAUUUUCGUGUUUGUACUAUUUUAUUGUCAUAUACUCGAAAAUAAGUUUGUGACUUGUGUACAUUUCUUCCGUAAGUGGAUGUACGGAUAAUGACUAUAGUCGUCGGGCUGGAUCUUCCCCUUUUUUUUUUUUUUUUUGACAUUAAAGAUAUCAUGACUAGGUCACUUCUGUAUAAUUUAUACAACGUAGGCCCCGGUCCCAAAAAUAGAGGGGAACCGGGAGCGCGACUAUGCAUCGCGCAGGACAGAGAAGUUUAUGUAGAAUUAUUUUAUCGUUGAUUUUAUUACUACUGAAUCCGUAUAUUAUUAUUUUUUACGUCCAUAAAACCGAUUGUAGAGUGUACAGAUUAAUUUCUUCUCCGUCCAACACAAUUAAGACGUCCGAAAAUGAUCGCGGGUUCCGAACCGUAUACGGAAACGACCACCCGUAAAAUCGGCUCGUAAAAAUGAAAACUGAUUACAAUCAAAAUAUGUUCCCAUAAAUCGUAACUGCAGUGCGUAAAUAUAAUAUCGUGAUGAUAUUUUGCGACGCGUAAAACGUCGCGUGUUGUCGGUCGUUCACCGCGCGUUCGAUAAUAUUCGUAAUAAAUUAUUAUCUAUAUAAUUACGAUAGGAGGGGGGACAACAAUAACCUCAAACGAGAAACAUUGCGCUCCGUCGAACGAUCCGCGCGUCUAGACGUCUGUUGGAAGUCCGUCACAGCUGUGUUAAAAUAAUAAAAAAACAAAACAGAAAGGCCGUGUCUCUAACCGUGAGUGUAAAUCGAUACCCGUACGCUCGGCAGGAGGCGGUUUCGACGGUCGGUCGGUGAAUUUUUCGAAAAAACGAUGCGGGACCGUCCGUGUGGUCCUUAAAUAUUUUCUAACAGCGCACACGUGUAAUCACACGGGUGAACAAAAGUCGUUUAAAAUGUCGUCGACGGGGAAUAAGUACAAUAACAUGCGGGGAGUGUCGGCGAAAGUCGACGGAAAAAAAAAACCAGCCAUCACAUGUAGUAAAUUGUCGUUGAAACCGCAGAGAGCGCGACGUUUUUAGACGGAAUUUUUUUUUUUUUUUUUAGUUCACCUGUCUUUGAUGACUAUUUAUUAUAGUCACUCGUUUUCCCAGACCCGGCGACGUCGUCGACUGAGAAACCCAUGGCGGAGUCUGCGAUUCUGAAAUUCCAAUUUCCCUACGCAGGACCUUGUGUUUUGGACGAUUUUUUUUUUUUCAUAGAUUUCUGAUUUCCUAUAUCAUGUGCUAAUUUGCCGGAGAUGCUCGCUCCAUCGUCGAAAUUUUCAAUAGUUUUUUUUUUUUCCAUAUAUCUGGGCGACUAUCAUGACCUCCGUCGAAGGCCACUUAGAGAAAUUACAAAGGAAAUCAGAUUAAAAUAUCACGGCUGAUUUACGUACGUUAUAUUUUUACAUUUUGAGUUGCGUGAAAGUUGACCUCGCGUCUGCGGCGGGUUUUAUUUGUUUUCCCCGGGCUGUCCAAUCGACGACGAUUAAACCGCGUAAACUUGCAAAACUUUUACCGCCGGGACUCGUGGAGAUUUCCGGGCGGACCAUUGUUACCGGCAUACCCUUUUCGGUUACGAUGUCUUCGACAUACAGUAAUUAAAUGAUCAUCGACGACGGCUCGUUUUUUUUUUGCGGAGAAUGUAGUAAAGCGCAUCGUUGUGUACAAUAUCAUUAUCAGUGGCGGUUUUACGAGGGGGUCGAGGAGGUCUGGACUACCCCCCAGACUUUGAUUAGUUUGUCAUUAAAAUUUUUUUUUUAAAAAAAAAACGAAAACUAUUGAAAAUUUAUACGAGUUAUAAUUCUAUUUUUAUACACGUUAUAUAUACAUUACAUGAAAAUUUUUAUAUUAUGCAUGAUAUAUUUAUCAAGUGGGAAAAAUUAGAAAAAAAAAAACGAGAAAAUUUAAGUAAUAUAUUAGUAAAAUAUUUCGGUCUUUUUUAAUCCUGCGAACAAUUUUUCUACCAGCAAUUUCGUUACAAUUUACAAUCAUGGCGCUUUUUCUAAAAGGAAAUCGGACUAGGGACGCACUUUCGCGAGGUCAUUUUUGAUUUUCCCAGGAGUUUACCCAAUAAUUGAGAAACACGGGCAAAUAGGUACAAUAUUAAACAAAUAAUGUUAAAGAAACUAUAUAAUGCAUUUUUAAUUAUUUUACCAUAACCAUAUUGUUGACGAAGCAACAUUAUGAACCGAAUUCCGCUCAGAAUAGUUUUUUCAUUAGCAAUGGUUAAUCGUUGCUUACAGAUAUACCUACAUUAAAUUGUCUACAGCAGUGACUGCACUCGUCCCCAUUAUCCUAAUUGUAUAAUGAAUUAGCUAAUGGAUAAUGGCUUUGGAAGUUUGUAAAAACAUAGGUUAGAUUAGAUUAUGUAAGUGAGAAAAAAAAAAUUAUUUUCACUGACAGUGAAAGUUGGGCAAUUUAAAAUAAAUCAAUGCAUGAUCAAAAUGGGAAAAUAUCCGUUUAUGUUAAAUGCACAGGUAAUACCAAUGGAACCCCCCCCCCCCGAAAAAAUUCCUAAAACCGCCACUGAUUGAUAUAAUACGCUUUUAUCGGAAUAAAACAAUAACAAUAUAAACCUAGGCGAUUCGGUCCUCGGUGACGGACAAAAUCGAAGGAAAACCGGGUCGGCGGCGGCGGCGACGGCAGCGGCCACGGCGGCUGCGGUAGCCGAUCGAUAAAACGCCCGAGAGAGAGGGUUAAUAUUAUGGAUUCGAAAACGUAUCGCCCACGCAGACGAUAUAUAUAUAUAUAUAUACACACACACAUAAAUAUAAUAUAGAUAUACGUCUUUUGCGUGCGUAACAGCUAGCGUACCUCACGUCUUCCCUCGAUCCCGGGGAUAGGUAUCCCUUAAUUUGCAAAAAAAAAAAGACCGAUGCAUAUUAAGUACGCGUCGGUUGACGGAGACCGGCCGUCGUGUGUAUAUUGUUAUGUAAUCGAAAUUAAUACGAUUAUAUAACAAUUAUUAAUACGUAUUAAUACGACGACGGUCGUGUAAAAGAUACUUUUAAAAAGUACAUUCAAAUACAUAUACAGAUACUUAUUCCCAAAAGUGUUUAAAAUAUGUAUUUGUAUACUCGGACAAAAAAAAUAUUCAAAUACAAAUACUUUUCAAAAGUAUUUAUAGAUACUUUCGAGUACUCAGAUUUUUUUUUUUGUUCGUACAAAAACGUAAUUCAAGUAAAUGGCAUUUCCAAUUUUAUUAUAAUAUACUAAUAAGCAAGACGCCAAUGAUCUAUAAAUAUAAAUAAAAUUGUUAUACAAUUUGAAUUGUUUUAUUUAAAUUUGCGUUCCUGUAUUUAAAAAGUAUCUUUACUUUUACUCAAGUACUUCACAAGACUGCACAGCAAUACGUAAAUGAUUCAAAGCGAUUAUUAUAAUAAUCAACGUCUCGAUUGUAACCGAUAACCUAACGGCGGUGCAGAGAAUUUUUCUUUUUUUUAUGGAGAUUUCGAGUCAAAAAAAAUGAUUUCCAGGUGUUUUUUCUUCAGUCGUAUAACAUAUUGAGUCAGGGGUCAUGAAACUCCUUCAAAAACACCAAACAAGUACACUUCGGAGUACUAUCUAGAAGAAGUUUUACCUAAAUAACAUUAUAUCUACGUAUAGGUUAUGACGGCAUAUUGAUUUUCAAUCAAUUGGAUCAAAAGUGUAUACGGAUAUUCAAGAUAAAAAUUUUUUUUACUUUGGAAUACUGAUAACUAAACGGAUACGAUAUUCCCUAUGGAUACAAUUUUAUUUUUUAAAUUUCAUGCUAUCGAAUAAAUUGUAUUCGUUUAGAGAUGAAACGGUUUUUCGGCACGAGGACUCUCAAUAGAUAGCGGCCAACCAUUUUCGACAUCAUUCGGAUUCGAAAAGAAAAACUCGCGAGACCCGUGAAAAAGUAUAUUUUAUUCGCGUAAAAAAAAAAAAAAAACAACCGCGAUUAUAUGCCAGACGAAACAGCGAUAAUAAUAUUAUAAUAAAUUCCGGUUCGUGCACUUUUUAUAACAAAUCGUAUCGCAUCUAUAUCAAUCGUCUACGGUUAUAUUUAUUCGAAUAAUUGAAUAGAUAAACAAAAAAACCUCGAAUCAAUAUUUGGUUAAUUAAAAAAAUAAAUACGCACACACACACACACACACACACACAUAUAUAUAUAUAUCGGUAAUACAAUGAUACACACAAUAAUAGAGUAGUGAAAUUUAUUUUUUUAACCCGUCGACUUGUGACCACUCGCCAUGAACCACGUGCACGCAGCAACGCGAUAACCGUGGCGCGAACACCGACGUCCCAAUAAUAUUAUUACAGUCUAAACGUCAAGCAUAACAAGUCUUGUCCGCGGGUUCAGACGAUUUCGAUCUCACUCUACUAUUACAAUAAUUUAUUAUUUAUUUAUUUAUUAUACAUUGUUAUCGUCUCGGCGUAUUAAGAAAUAAAAAAGCGAACAAAAGAGCUCGGACUCGUUACAAUAUUGUUUUGAAACUUGUAUAGUUUAUCUAAAAGGUUGCCAUUUUGCCAGAGUUUUUGGAGGCGCGUCAAUCAUGUUAUAUAAUACAUUUAAUUAAAUCAAAUCGAAUCGGUAUUCUGUUUACGAUCUGUAUUAUUCACCAGACGCCCAUCAUUGACUUCGUCUACCGGUCUAUAUCCUUUUCCGCUUCUAUAGGUGUAAAAUGUGUUCUACACAGUUCCGGCAAUGGCGAGGAAUCAAACGAAAAACGUUUCGCCAAAAUAGUCAAAGCCGUUCUCGAGGUUUUAGCUAGCAUACAAACAGUCGAGACGGUGGGGUUGGGAUAUAAAGUUGAAACCUUCUAAAGACAGAUCCUCGACAACAAUGCCAUUUAUAAACUCGAGGUGAUUGUUGUCCACACGGAACCGCUGAAAUUUUCCAAAAUAAUAUAAUUAUACAGCGUCGUAUUCACUCUUUUUUUCGAAAAAGAAAAAUUCGACAAAAACCGAAACUAAAAAAAACAAUAAAAAUGUGGUAAACAUCGCGAUAUUUCACGAAUACAUCACGCAUCGAUGAUAAUAAUAAUAAUAAUAAUAAUAAUAAUAAUACCUAUAUUAACGAACAAUUGUUCUUUUCGCAACCGAUUAUUCUUUACAUUAUUUUUUAUGUCUUAUCGAACGCGGUAAUUAUUAAUGCGUGUAUUGUUUAUAUAACUUCCUGUGUACAUAUAUAUCAGGGGUGGCCAAACUGCGGUUCUCGUCUUUGACUCGUGUGGCUCGCAUCUUAUCGCGAGAUACAAAACAUUUUUCUAAUAUGAAUUUAUGAACUUAUGGAUUUCAAGGAGUGUAAUAUUUUAUAAAAUUACAAUUUGUAGAAAAAAUUUACAAAAAAAGUAUAGCGUUUUUGAUAUGAUAUUUUUUUUAUUUUUUUGUAAGUUUUUUGAAGUAAGGAUUAUACGUCAUUAACAAUUCUCGGUUAAAUGAACAUCCGUUUAAAUUGAGCUAUUUUUGGUUUUUAUUUUUUGCAUUGUCGAGUAUAAAGACUCGUAAGAAUAUUAUGUUCCGAAAAUUCUCCGCAUUUUAUUACGUAUUUUGAUAUAUUAUCUUAUUUUCGAUAAUCAUAUACAUAUAUUUAUAUUAAUAUGCCAUUUUUUUUUUCAUUCCGGCACUUUCAUUUAUUAACGUAUUGGGCGGCUCGCGAGUCUCUUCUCACUGGCCACCCUUGAUAUAUGUAUGGAGGGAGAGAUUGUUUUGUUGUAACAAGACUAUCGAUAACUCGGUAAAAAAAAAAUCCGUUAAAUUUACCGUGUGAAUUGUUGGAACAAUCCAGAAUUAAAACACGAGUACGCAUACGUACGUCAGCAUAGACACGAUGAAAACUUUAGAAAUAUUUUCCGAUUAGAAAUCAACGAAUUUUCGAUUAAACGAAAAAUGCUCGCGCGCAUUAUAAUUACGCAACGAUGAUCAUCACUGCAAAUAACCUACAGUUUAUGUGGCGAAGAGCUCGUCAUAAUUAUUACACUUUGCGAAACGGACGAAAAACGCCAUGGGCAUUUUUGUAUUUUUUUUUUUUUUUUGUACAUUUUACGCAGGUAUUCCAUUCAACCGCUAAUUAUUUUUAUCAGUUUUAACUUGACCUUUGUUAGCACUCGCGUCUUGUGUGCCGUUCUCGUUUAUAACGUAUAUUGUGUGAACACAACGUUAAUAUAUAUCGACAUAAACCCUUUGAAACGGACGAAUUUAAAAGUUCAACCAAAUUAUGGGACUUAUUGCCAAACGCGUUUCGUAAUAAUACGAGUGCUAAAACGAUAGCAGAGCUGACAGAGUCUGUACAUUUCAGCGGUACCCGCACUGUGGCCGGAAAUUUCGCGCGCGUGAUCUCGACGCAUAAGCCGAAAAUGGCCCGAAAUCGACUCCGGAGCCCGUCCUCCACGAAUACCCACCGGCAGUUAAUCGUAAUCCGAAAAUGAGACCGUAUUAAAUUCCGAAUAAAAUAUAUACUAUAUACUGUUAAUAGUGUGUAUACGAACGAUAUCCUACGCGAACGACGAAAAUGAUUUAUUACACAUUUCCCCAAGCUGUUCUAGUAAGUACCUGUCGAAUUUAAUAUUUUCCGCUCGACUGCGCAUUAUUAUCGGCUAUCGCCUCGUCGACAAGUACGAAAUAUGUUUGGCGCCGACGUCCGCGCGUCCGAUCAAAACACCAUAACGACGAGAUGACCCAAAACUCGAUUCGUUUUCUGCGGUUUACACAACAGUACAUCAAAUGUUAUUAAAACAGUGACGCCGUCGUUGGGUUAACAUCGAUUCGUGCGAAAUUCAAUGUUUCCUCCGUACACGUAGGUAUUUCACGCAUUCCUCCUCCGACUGGCAUUUUCGACGUUGUCCGCCAUCCGAUAUUUUCCGUUUUAAAUUAUCGUCUUUUUUUGCCGUUACACAUUUUACAGGCCCGCGUAAAAUACUCGCGGGUUUGUGAGACGUUUUCUGGUCGUCCUCCGUUUUUUUUUCUCCGUUGCCUAACCGUUAAAAAUUUACAAUCGUACGAGUUAAAAAUCGCACACGAUAUAUUGAUUACUUUUUUGCUGGCUUUCCGUACGCCGCGUACACGCAGUAGACGUUCAGACUAUAAUAUAAUGAUAAUAACUAAAUAGUGUUUAGAAUCAGAAAAAUGUAUAAAAUCCGGAUUUUCGCAGAACCUAAUCCGAAACCUAUCACGAAUCCGAAUUGAAUUCCGAUUUUUCCAAUAUGAUUAUUCGCGGUUAUAAUAAAACGAAUUUUAUUUUAUUUACCUUGCACGAUUUUAUAUUACAGCGCCCGAGUCCGCGUGACGUAUUGCAUUUAUCCGGAUUUUUCGAUAUUCUGCGGACGUUCGGUCGUAAAGCAAACGCCGUUUUAAAAGGGUCGCCGCAAUAACCGCAAUGAUAACAGACUUGUAGAAAUUGUAUCUGGUCAUUGUACACGGUCGUGUGUUCGACGUCGGUGUACGAUUUUGAAAAGCGAUAGAAAUAAAAAUAAAACCAAAAAAUACACUGUUUUUUUUUAAUCCCGUGUAUAUUGUUGUGUACCCGUAAAGCCGUUCCGUAUAGAUAAUAAUAAUUUAUUGUUUGUACAAAAGCAUAAAGUCGGUUUUGUUAUCUUUUUAAAACGGUUUUAUGUUUUCGUAUACGGCUUCCCGUGCGGUUGUUCGCCUGCGGCAGACGUCGAUAUAGGCUCCCGUUCGAGAAUGUGCAUUAUCAAAGUGUUAUUUGUUUCGCAGACGGCGGUGCCUACCCGACACCUCGUCAAGGUCGACGGGUAAUCGAUGCGAUUACGCGACAAAACAUAAUAUAACAUAAUGCCAGGGCCGUGAAUUGAAUGCGCUAAAAUACCAUAAGGGAUGCAAAUGCAGUUGUCUGCGAAAAACUGACGAAACGCGCGGUAAAUUUCAAUUUAAAAAUUUUAAUAUUCUCCAAAUAACAAUAUGUGAACACGUGAAGCAAUCGCGGUUUUUAAGAAUUAUAGAAAAAAAAAAAAAAAAAACCUCUUAAUUAUUUUUACGUUACUUAUCGUGAAUAUCGUUGAUACGAAUACCUGCAAUACAAUUAUAUAGUAUUCGACUUUUGCGCAAAAGUGGAUAACAAGCUGUAAUUAAAAAAAACUAAAAAUUAUUUGUUUUCACGCGGAACUAUCAUACGCCCGCAGUACGGGAUUAUCGUGACAUUUUCAUCAAAGCUAGACAAUUAUUUUUUUUAACAACAUAUUUAUCGCUGAUUCAGACCAAAAUGACCGGGGCCAAGAAAAUACAUGCAAAUGCGUUAAAUUCACAGUCCUAGCUAUAAUAUUAACAGCUGUUUCACACUGCGGUCUGUUUUGUAGAUUUGUUUUUUAUUUUUGAUCAAAUAUGGCAACGAUUCAUUUUUGGUGUUGUUUCGAUCGGUUUCUUUUUUUUUUUUUUUUUUUUUUUGGCCGCGAACGCCGUGAAUACAGAGGAAUCGGAGCCAGUGUCGGGCCCAAUGGAUUUCGGGGUCCGGUGCAGAAUUUUUAUUAACGAUCGAUAAAAACAGCUCGAUGAGGUUUGCUAUCGGAUCGUUAAUCUAUUAUACAAAUAUCUUUAUCGGUUCCGUAUAGUACACUAGUAUAUUAGUGUUGCGUAAAACGUUCAACGUAAAUUUAAUUAUUUGAUUACCCUGGUCGUAGUAAUGUGGUAUAUUCGAUAAAUGAUAUACCGGUCGUUAUUUGUUAUCAUCCUUUGGAAAUGAUGUAUUUAGAUACAUUAUUAAAUAACUAAAAAUAAAAAAAAAGACUAAUAAAAUGUACAACCACAGGAUAAAUUAAGCCAGUAACCAACGAGUAAGCAAGUAGCGGAUCCCGGGCGACGGGAAUAAAUAUGUAAGCGUAUUAUCAGUUAAAUAAAUAGUUAUGGGACUGUUUUUAUUACUUAUCGAAUCAAAAUCGGGCCUUUAACUUAUCGAUUCGAUGAGACGUUAUCUGUUGAACCGAUAAAAGAUAAAAGCCGUUAUUGCAACAGCCAAACACUUUAUCAAACCGAUUAUGUUGUUAUCGGUUCGAUAACUAGUAGUCGUUGGUCGUUUGUGCAAUCCGGCAAUACGUAUUUGCAUACUAUUGGAACAAUAUUAUUGAUUAUUUUUAGAUAAAGUGAUACGAGGAAUACAAAAUUUGCGAGGCCCCGCGCUUGUGCAGCCACACCGCUUGCCCUAGAGCCGGCGCUGAUCGGAGCCGGCUUGGAAAUUAUCGAGGCUCUGUGAUGUAGUACAUUGUGUGGUGUGGGGCCUCAAUCUGCUGAUUUUACUUUUUUUUUUUUUUUGCUUUUUGCCUUCUAAUGCCGAGCGUAGGUACAUUUUAAAAUUCGUUCAAUUCAUCUUUGUCCGUUAAUUUUUAUUUUUAUUUUUCUAAGUAAUUAUAUGAAACGAUGAGUUUUCGAUUGGGGCGCAACGCGGGACUCUGCGGUGCGAGUGCGCUGCUUGCACUGCCUUUAAAUCGACCGUUGCGGGAAUAAUAAUUAUAACUUUCUCGGUUUUUAUAUAAUUGUUUAUGAUAUUGUUUUAUUAUUACACUCAAACGACACUGCACGUGAACGCAUUAUUACAUCGUGUCAAACGAAGUGCGUAAGCAUUCAUUCUUCAAACGACAACGACGACGGCGGCGGUGCUCGCGGUUUUUAGACGUGUUGCCAAAGAGCCUGUAACGUAAUAAUAUUAUAAAUUCAACAUAAAAGUUUUUAUCGCCCGUGGAAAUUCAUGGGCGGUAAUGACCAUACACUUAUAUUACAUUCCUUUUACACGGCUCAACAAUAAAAACCAUCGAUUUCGAUACCGACUGGCAACUGGCAAUCGUUUGGACAAUUUGACCCGACCCUCGUAAAAUUAAAAUUAAAAAAAACCACAUGCUAAUUUUUUAUGAUUCGCACGCCUGCAAUUUUUAUCGUUACACGACCGUUGAUAUUAUCGCAAUAAAGACUCGAGGACGAAAACGAGGAAAAAAAAUUCUCUAAGAUUUAAUCGUCUCGCUCCCGCGCCAGACGAAUAUUUCAAACAUUUUGACGACCACAGGCGUUUCAAAGGGUAUAAUAAUAUGUGUAAGUAGGUAGUAAACGUACAUAACAACUUCUAGAGAAUAAUAUUCGUCUUGAGAUUAUUAUUAUUAUUUUUUCUCGUUUAUCACAGUACAAAUAAUAUCGUUUCACUGUUCGCUAUACACACCGACGACGGCAUUCUGUCAACAAUAAUUUAUCGAUCAAAUAUUAUUGCACCAACUGGCUAUACAAACGACGAUUAUACUUAGGCGCGUUCGACAUUAUCGUAAAUGCUCGGGGGAGCGCGAAGAAAACAUAAAAAAAAACUAAAAUAUUUAAAAAAAAAAAUUCUGUACCCUAUUAUUUGAAUUAAUAAUACAUAAAAUAUUAUUUUACGACGCUCGAACGAACACGCCUCGAAAAAAAAUGUAUAAAUAUAAUAUGAAAAACGAAAAUAACAAAAACCGUGAAACUUCCAUUGGCCUUUACCGCGGUACGAAUGUUUUUUCCCCGUCUCCGUCUAUUUUGUGUCCCGCACAAGCCGGUCGGCUUUCUCGCCUUUCAUCGCGCCGCCCUAAUAAAUUAUAAUAUUAUACCCAAAGUCGUUUCUUCGUCUACACGCCGCCACGUGUACGUGCGAAAGACCUUUUUACCCGGUCAAACGGUAAAUCAAAUCGUAUAAUAUCCUAUGAAAUUAUUGUAUCGACCUUAUCCCACCAUAUCCGGCAUAGUUAUUGUUUUCUUCUUAGAUAAUCGACCCCCAAGACCGUACCGCCAUUCUCGCCUCCGGUUAUCCUUACCAGAAAAGUAUGUCUUCCGUACGUUUCUCCUACAAUAAGUCUUCCGUAUUAUUACAUACGUCCUCCCAUUUCAUACGUGAUCGUCCAAUUGACCUUUUUUUCAGUAGGGUUUACAUCAAGCACUAUGAUAAUAGGUUUACGCCACGCAUACUCCGUUAUCGCUGUAACCUUUAUUUUUUUUUCUUAUCGUAACCAGUAUGUUCGGUUUUUGAAAGAGCGUGUUAAUUUUUCUUAUUCUCUACUUACCACUUGGCGUAUCUUUUAUUGGUCCGAAAAUCGUUCGCAUUUGUACAAUUGUUUAUUGAUAACUGUGCAAUCAUAUUGAUUAUGAUAAUAAUGUUUAAAAUGGAAUUUGAAGAAAACUUUUAGCGGUCAACAAAAAUAUUGCUAUGUAAAUAAACCCUUAAUAUAUAACCACAAUUAUUUUGACCUAUACAUUGUCUUCGUCUUCCGUCUUUAUACCUGACUCGUUAUCCGUUUUCCGGACCGUUUCGUCGUUUCGCCAUCUAUGAUAAAUAUUUUGAAUCAUUCUCUUUUUCCCAUUUCCCCUCCCGAAUCGUACGGUGAAAUAUGUAGAAGAUUUCCCAUGCACGUAAUUUACCUACAAACAUUUCCACGGCUUACCCGUGAUGUGUUUUUGAUCAGGAAAUCUUUGUAGUAAUUUGUUUUGUUUUGUCAUUUACCGUUUGCAGCAGACAAACCGUACUCCGGGCCUACCGACCAUCAGCAACCGUUCGGCCGGCAAUCCGCCGCCACCGUCGGCGACUCCAAGCCAGUGAACUUCGCCGCGGCGGCUGGCAGACGGAGCCACUACGCGGCCCAGCAACAGCAACCCUAUAACCAUCACCACCGACACCAAUCGUCCAACGACGGUCACGCCGCCACCGGGCAACAACACCACCAUCACACGGAAACUUCCACGGUCACGUUCAACGAAGGUCAGUAAAUCGAAGGAAAACAAAAUUAUAUUAAUACACACACAUAAUAUGUAUACCUGUAUAAUAAUAUUGUCGUCUAUAUUCGCGAUGGAAAACUGCACCCGAUUGCGGUGGCGAUUAUAACUCUGUAACGGGGGGGGGGGCAAAAUGUAGACGGUACAUUUUAAUAAUAUUUAAUUUGUAUGGAUCCCAAAUUUGGGUUUUAUCAACCGUCUAUAUGUAACCCAGUAGCUCCGUUACAAGUUCCGACUACAGCGCCUCUACAUUUGCUUUCUAUCGCGAAAUGAAUUCGCCGUGGUCGCUUGUGCACGUCGCACUUAGACCCGGUUACAUAAAAACCAUCUAUGCAAAUAUAUUACUGACGUCCGUAAAACUCAGGCGUCUGUAAAAUUGUAAUAACUGAUAUAAAACAUAAUAAUAUUAUUGUAAAUACUUCCCGAUAAAUAUUAAACCACCAAUCAAAUAUAAAUUAUAUUUCAUAACGCUGAUCAGUAAUGAUAAAACUGAUGAAACUAUGGCUCCUCGGCGCCUUCUUAUAGUAUCGAUAGCCUGACCAGAACUUGAAUAAUUUAAUCAUCAUCACUAGCUGACGAUGUUGAAAACAACGAACCCAUAGCGAUGCGCGAUUAUGCCAUUUACAAUUUAUAGUAGGUAUAAACAUUUAAAAAAACACCAUUGGAAAUUACGGUAAUAAAACACCGACAAAUUCAAUCGAAAAAUCGAUCUGUAAAAAAUUAUAGAUACAAAAUCGAACAUGAAAGUUGUACGUGUCCCAUUUGCGGUGAUUUACAAAUUCUGUAAACAGAGUGUUUAAAUCUUAACCUGACCCGACCGUCGAUGAUUUAAUUAUUUUACGGGAUAUACGUUUAUGUAUGGUCGGAAAAAAUUUUCUCCUUCUCCACAUUCUAUUUCACAUUGUCAUUUAGUAAAAAAUUGCUCCGUUUCCUGCGUCACCAUUUUCGAGAAAUUAAAUCAAAGACCUUCAAACUGAAAUUAUUUGUUUUUCGUUCUUAAUUUUUUUUUUUUUUUUUGGUUUAAAUAGCCGGUUAAUUUUCUUAUUUAAAAUAAAUAGAGAAACAAUUGAUAAAAUCAGUCUUCUAUAAGUUGUACUUAGCGUUCAAAAACAACUAUUCUUUUUCAUAAGCUCGGAUUUUCAAGAAAAUUGUGAAAAUCACGGCAUUUCAAAAUAUAUUUAACCGAACUUUACUCAGAAUCAUUUUUCGUUUGUAACAUAUAUUAGUAAUCUUUACGUUAUACUCUAUAUGACGUUUCCUAUCUUCCCAAUUUCUUAGCUGCAACAGUGGCACACCCAUUAACCAGUAUCAGCUCUUUUUCAAAAAUGUUUUUUAUUCGGGUACAUUAUUAUGAUUUAAUUCGCGUGACGAUAAUUAUUAAUGGUCCGAACGUUUUCGAGUGAGAGGUCACCGGGUUAGGUUAGGUCAGGGGUCCGGCUGCAGUGUCCAAAACGUUCGGAAACACCGCAGUAGGCCGGCAGGUCCGAGGCGAAGAGGAGCGGAGGUUAGAGUAUUUUUCAACCGGAAUGCGAAAUACGAAUGUUUUAUUUUUCCAAAACAUAUCGAGAUGUUCAAUCGAUAUUGCGCAAAAAUAACGAUACACAGAUAGCACUAUGGUAAUACCGUGUCGGAACGCGAUUACUCGUCGUCUGGUACCUACACAUAAUGGAAGGAAUACGUAGGCAAUAGUGACAAAUUACUUUUGUCCCCUCUUAUAAUAACAGUUAUAGUUUUGAUAGGUAUACGUUAUGAUCCCUCCCCUCUCCCCUUUACCAUAAAGUCAUGUUAUAAUGUAUGAUUGUUAUGGCGUGUGCGUUUUUCACUACAGCGUAUAAUGAUCACGCGGCGACUAACUGCCGUAUAAAUAGAAUAGAAACAAAAAAAAAAAACAACAAAUACAAAGCGAAACGUUUAAGGGGUUGCGUAUACAUUAGGGUAGCGAAUUAAAAUUUAUCGAUUCGAGAAUAUUCAAGAAUUCGCUUUCAAUAAUUGUAAAUAUUUAAAAGCCGACCCGUGCGUCGUCGUACCCCGUCGCGAGUUAUGGUGUACAUCGUGCAAUCCACGAAAUUCGUCCGAAAACACAGCGAAAAGUACCUGCUGUUCGAUGCGAUUCCAAAAAGUUUUUAUCCGCUAUGCGAACACAAUUAAUGACAAUGACAUUAUUUAUAAUAUAUAUAGAGGGUACGGCAAAUUGAUUUUCGAUUUACUCGAACGACAGAUUCCGGAUUAAAACGUGGCGUCUUCAUAUUCUCAGUGCAUACCGAAUAACCUAACCUAUACAUAUUAUUAGUUUUACUAAAUGGUUUUUAUUUUAUUUUUUUUUUUUUUGUCGGAAAAUACUUUUCGGUUAGUAAAAAUGGUCAGAUUUUCUCGCGCAGUGCUUCAAAAUGUAUGCGGAGACUUUCAUCCUACGGUACUUUAUCGGAACUUUUUUUUACAUUCCCGACAGCUUUUCAUUAUAAUAAUAAUAAUAAUAAAAAUAAAAACCACAGCAAAUGACGAUUUAUUAUAUCGGUUAUUAUUUUGCCGAUUUUCGGGUUACUGUAACUGUAACACUCGACUAAUACUACAUAACCUUAUCAAAUCUACUGCGUUUCUACAUUUUAUUUGGAGGGCGACCAUUAAAUAAACCGUUAUGUCAAUUACGCUACAGUUUCGAAUCGGUUUCUUUUAGUGGCCAUCUAAACGUAUUUAUAUAGUCUCGGUUUAUUGUGUUUUGCCGUGAAAUGGCUCAAUUCAAAUCGCUUGAUUCUUAUGAAAAUUGCAAACACUAAAUAUCAUUACCGCCUGGUCAAUUCUCAACACUCGAGAAAACUGUGUUUGGACGAUUUAUUGUUUUUAAAAAUGUAAAUCAAAUAGGUACCUAAUAAUUACUACAUAUGCAACGAUAAAUUAAAAAUUAUAAACGAAUAAAAAACGAUUCAUAGUGUAGCAUACGCAGAUGUUAGAAACUCCCUGUCUACCCGUGUUAAAUAAAUUGUCGAUCUUGAGAACAAACAAACGUAUAUAAUUGGGUUGUUUUGGACACAAAUGUAUAUCAUUGAUUCAGAUUUCCGAUCACAAGUGAAAUAAAUACCGAACAGAUGACCGAGUAAUAUUUAUAUUUUUUUAUAUUAUAGUAUUCUACGGUAUUGCCAGUAAGAUAACCGCUCUGUAAACAUAAUAAAAGGAGGUGAACUGAAGAAAAUGUCGAUAAAUGUCUCUUGUAAAAUAUUGCCAGAAAAAAAAACCGCAUCUUCUGGAGCAUACGGUAUAAACAAAUCGGACAAUUUGUACUGAUUAAAAAAAAAGUGUUUUCCCGAGAGAAAAACCACAUUAUUCUAAAGCUAUUAUAAUAAAGCUAUUUAUUUACUUUGUUACACUCAGUACUUAAAAAAAAAAAAAAUUGCAUUCAAAUGUAUUGUUUCGUUCGGUUUUAUAUGGGACGAGUUCGUACUCAGUAAACUAAGCCUUGCCCGUGCAUUGAAUGAAAAAAAAAAAAAAGAAAAAAAUUGACAAAUAAAACGUGUCUCUCCGUUUCCGCCCCCCGUGUCCAUCCACAGUUAACCAUUGUUACCGGAUAAUUCAUUUUUUUUUUUUUUAAAAAAAGGUGUAUUUCUUUGUCCAUGACCGCCAAAUUAACUAAGAAUAAUCAACAAACAUAAUUCGAUUUUCAUUAAAAUAAAAAAAAAAAAAGAGACCUCCUUUGUGGGCGAACCUUUAAGGGUUGCAUUUUGGAAAUUCGGCGGCUUCGAGGUGCACGUCACGGAACCGUUCAUCCGCUGUCGCGUUGAAAUUUGCCGAUGUCCGCGCGCGAUAGAUUCGGCUUUGGAUAAACAUACGCAUAACUGUAUUAAUACAGAUAUUACUGCAGAUGAUGAAUAUGAACGAUGAAUGCUAACCGACAGUGUAAUGUUACAGUGUACUUACGGAAAUAAAUUCUCGCCGAGUUGAAAAAACGAUACGAUUAGAUAAGACGCACAUUAUAUAAAGCUGUUUUUUUUUUUUUUAAACUAUGAAAAAAAACAAGAUCAUUAUAUUGCGUUGAUAAUGACAGUUAUUGUACACUGUAUAUACCUGCGGGUAUAAUAAUUUGUGCGCCAACGUGCGGCGUGGAUAUGUAAUAUUAUAAUAACGCUAAUGUAAUAAUUAUUAAGUCUUGUGUUUGCGCGAGAGUGGAUUGUACUUACUUGCGACGCAAAUAAAACGAUUAGUCCGCGUUUUUUAAUUUCCAGCCGGAUUAUUUGGAAACAAUUUUUUUAAAUUUAUUACGCCAGCAUAAUCAUAUUAUUAUUAUUGCCAGGCAAGGCCGCAGCUGGAUACAAAUAUCAUAUUAUACUGCGUAGUAUACCGAAUAAAUUUGACCCUACUAAUACUACAACGCUGUCGUUACUAUUGCCGUUAUGUUAAAUUAUUUUAUCGAUCAUACCAUCCAUAUUGCAAUUAUUCGUGUUACCAACCACACUUGACUUUCAUAACCAUACUCACGUCGUUGAUAUUUUAAUAUAAUGGUAAAGAAAAAAAAAUUUGUGUAAAAGUACCCGAUGUGCUGAAAACAUUUUGUACAGUUAAAAUAAAUCUAAAAGAAAAAAAACAAAAAUAAACAAACAGACAAACUUCGCACGAUGGGAGGGCCACCGUUGUAGGUGAACAGAUGGGAAGGUAGAGGGCAAAUUGAAUGUAUAUUUGUACGCCAAGAUUAAUCAUUGCUAACGAAAAACGAUUCUGAGCGGAGUCCGGUUCUGAAACUAAUAAAUUUCGUCUAUUUUCCCGUUUUUCCUAAGUUGUUUCCCAGUUUUUCCCAUUUAUUAUGAAAACUCUUGGGAAAAUUAAACAAUAACCUCCCUGAAGUACCACUCCGGUCAGAUUUCCUUUCAGAAAAAGUGCUAAAAGAUAAACAUCAUUGUAAAACCAAUUAUCAAUUAUCAUUGUAACACCAAGAAUCUAAAAAUUUGACCAGAUAAUUGAACAAAGUUCAAAUAAAAACCCGACCGGAAUUAAACUUUAGGUACCUACCUAGGUAAUAUUACAACUACGCGUAAUUAAUUAAUUUAACGAAUGAUGGAGAUCGUCGGGAUGAAUGUUUUCAAUUUCGAACAAUGUUAUGCAAGAACGCGUUGUUGUAAUUUUAAGAUUUGUUGAAAAAAAAAAAUGAGUACAUUAUACACAACAAGUUAGUUGGCUUGCCAGUAAGUUUGCUAAAGAACAUAUCAAUUGACGACGAGAUGCCUGGAUGUGUGUAUAUGUAAUUUACGUGGUCGAUUAAACCGUUUUCGUGAGAAUAUUGUUAACACCCGUUAAUUGUUGCGAAUGUCAGUAAUAACAAUACUGAAUUGUACAAGUAACGGUUUUGAAAAACAAUCAUCCACUCAAUUGCAUUUGCAAUUACUGUGAGCGAUGAACGCGAAUGGGAGUUAUUCAACCGUUCCGCGUCAGUACGAUUGUGUGUAUGGACACAAGUAUAAAGAGCUCGAAUGUUCCAUAAUAAUACGUCCCUAUUUUAUUAUCGAAAUAGGAAAUAAACAUAUUAAAGUAAAAUACACGAAAAGGUACGGUUAUUUGUGCGCGUGGGCGAUGGAAUGACGGGACAUUUGAACCUCCCCUCCUGAAAUAAAUAUUAGUUAUUACUUUUUACACGUCUAUGUUGAAAUAACGUUAAACCUAUAUUUAGCGUACAUUCUGAGAAUUGAUUUUAUUUCGCCCUUCCCUCCCUAAAAUUUCACCUGUGGACACAAUUUUGAUUGGACGACGGCGAAAGGAAAUUCUCGAGUUUUAUAACCCGUUCGGAUGAAAUGUCAAUACAUCGGUUAAUAUUUUAUCCGGCAAAUAUAAAAGAAAUCACAAGAAAUUGUAUUUUCGAACCCACGCGGUUCACCGUUUCACGAAAUAUAUCUUUGGUCCGAGGGAAAAAUGACUUAUGUAAAUGUUUGGAAAUGCAGUUUUUUUUUUUUUUAUAUAAUUUCGUCUAACGACGUAAUUUGUUUUCCUUUUAUAUUUUGCUCUAAAUUUCACGAGUGUCUGUAUUUUAAACAUUUAAUUUUGCUUGUAUAUUGAAAACUAUACAAAAUUGCUCUUCUUCCCCGGGACCACAGCGAUAUUAUUCUAACACAUAGUCGUGACCGCGUUCGUGGUCAUUAUUCUCGCGUAGGUGCAUCGGUAUUGGACAUCGAAAAUCUUUGCUAUUGAUUUUUUUUUUUUUUUUUAUGACACCAUUUGUUUUGUUUUUGAGUAGAAUAAAAAACGCUAUUGUAUAUACGUAAAUAAUUGACGUCCGCCAGGAAUCGGUUUCUGAACUCUACAACAAUUUAUUUUAAUAAAUUAUCGUUUUCGUAUUUAAAACAGUAUGCAAUGCAAGAGUGGGCCGAUAUUUUACUGUUAUAAACAGUUCGUUGCUUUUUUUCCCUUUAAAUGUUUUUAAUGUUUUUUUUUUUUUUUUUUUUGUUCUUCUAAAACUACGAAAAAUAUAAUAAUUAUCGUAAUUAUUGUUACAGUUUUCGGAUUUACUGUGUGCUUAAACGAACUAAAUGUUUUCUUAGCACUUAGCUAUAAUGGUUACAAACGAACUUCAACGCGAGAAUACAUGUCGUUUUGUAUUAGUCGUAAUUAUGAUACGCUUCAGCAAUAGAAUGUAAGUUAAACAACGUGCAUGUACAAUAAUAGUGAUCGUACCAAAACCAGGGGUUGUUAGAAAAUAUGGUAAACGGGCGGGAAAAAAAUGUUAUUUUUUUUCCAUUUCAAUCAAUAUUCAACGUCAACAUAUUUUAGUAAACAAUCGUAAUCUAUUGAGAACCAUGCAUAUGAUUAUUUUUUAGGAACCCCUAAUAAAAAUGUUUUGAAUCCGUAAAUAACGUGUUACGGCUUUAAACGAAAAAAACACCGCCCGUGAACAGCGUGUGGGCACUGUACUAAACUACUGCAACUAUACGAUUUCAAAAACCGAAAUGGACGGAAUUCGAGCAUAGAAAUAGCAGGGAUCGGCGUUGAGAGUUGAAAUCCCCGAAUGGCACAUCCUAAUAAAUAGUUAUAUUGAUACUAACGCCGUGCGUGUAUACGAGGAUCGCAUCGACUUUGGCUUCGUUCGGGACGCGCGCGCUUCUGCCGGGGCCGUUAAAAGCUAAAAAAAAAAAAAAAAAAACCUCAAUACAUUCCUCCAGUGCUCCAGUACGACGGCGUUCGAAUAUCAGACGGCACGUUCGUAUUGUCGCACACUCCCGAAAUCCGCGUGCGAGUACGGUUUCGAUGAGACUCCAACGGUUCCGGCGUACCUACACCUACUCUGAACAGUAGACGCAGAAUGGUACGAUCGUUACACACUGUAUGUAUGUAUACGGAUAGAAUCGCCAUCGUUUUAUACGAGCGCGGUCGAUAUCCGUUAUUAUUACUGUUGUUGUUUUGGCGAUUUUAAUAAUUUACACGGUUUCGCUCUUACAGAAUGUUAUACAAUAUCAUUUUUUUUUUCUCUCGUCGUACGCGGACAUUUUUAAGUAAUACAAGUGCACUUUAUUUAUAUAUAUAUAUGUGUGUGUGUGUGUAUUUAUAUAUCUAUAAAUAUACGAGCGGCGCGGGGCACUUUAGGACAAUGACCCAGUCGCUUAUCGAUUCCGCGGCGUUUCGCGAUGUUCGCGGACGCACGCCUACGGAAUGCGCACACGUGAUCGUUACGUUGUAUACAAGGGAUCCCGGUAAUGGCGGGGAAACAAUUAUAAAUGGAAAAUGGAAAAUCUAUCGACAACCGCCGGCGCGAUACUUUUUCGAACCAAUCGCGCGCCAGUCCUUGACAAACAGAAAAAGAAAAAUCGUGUAUUUGAAGUGUGAGAAAAAAAAAAUAAAUAAAUAAAAAAAAAUACUACAAACAUUGUGAUAGUCGGAAAAUGAGCGCGUCACGCGAACAAUUAACGAAACGACGAGGUUAUUCGUUUUUUUUUUUUUUUUCAAGACGUUAUAAUAAAUCAUCUUUCGCUAACAUUCUGUUAUAUACCCGCGUAUAACAAUAUAACGUACCCGUUAUUUAAAAACUAAGCAGUUAUUAAAACUAAUCGCCGCCCUUUACAUAUAACCGAGACUUAAAAUCGAGUCGCUAACGUCACACGCCCCGCUGCACGGAUAAGUAAACCGUUUGCUUUUCUUCUAAACGCACACCUACCCCGCGCAAGUUUCAUUUGGAAUGUUAAACGCUCGAUAAUAGAGUAUACCCGUACAAAAUUAAAUCGAAUGUUCGAAAAUUAACUGUUUACAUUUUGUUUAUAUCAAUAAACGCAAUAAUAUUUAUCUAGGAAACUCGCGGUAUACAUAUAGUAUAGUAUAUAAUUAUAUAGCAUGAUAAUCAAUAAGCGUAGGUAGAGAAAAAAAAAAAAAAAGGAAAGACUAAAUUUAACUUAACCGGCACAUGCGUAGACGGGAAGCGACGAAAUCGCUUACAAGCGUACGAUAAAGCGGACGAGAAGUGUGCAAAAAUAAACCGAUUUCGAUUUAUUUUUAUACAGUAGUUUUUUUUUUUCUACACGAUACAUAAAUAAUACAUAAUAUUAUAAUGUUUUACGGUAAUUACAAGAAAAAAAAAAAAAGUACAUUUAUCUAUCAAAAAUAUUCAACAUUUUAUUAAACUAGGCGUACAUUAAUACCAUGGUCAUCUACACCGUGUGAUAACCGUGAUUAAUAGUAAGUAGGUAUUAUGUCGUUAACCCACGGAAUUAUUAAAUAAGCAUUUUUUUUUGUUUCUUUAUUAUCUUAUCUCUCUCAACCUCCCCGCCCUUUUCUCUCGUUUAUCCGUAAAAUUACAGAAAAAAAACAAUUCCAAACUCUAUUCGAAACUAUUGAAACUAUUCCGUUUAGUAUAAAACGAAUACAAGCAGCGUUUAUUAUAAUAAAUUAUAAUACGAAACGACUGUAGCGCUAUCGAAAAACAGCAAGUAUCAAGUUUUGUGGGAACGGAUAACCGAAAUGGACGGAACUCGGUCGAUUUGAUCGAAGCAGCAAAACUCCUAUAGUUGGCCCGUAGAAGCUAAAACAAACACUGUAAACCGAAUAACGAAAAUUUAAAUUAAAACGAAAAAAAAAAAAAAACCAGAAAAACACCCAUUAAAAUAUUGCAUAUGCAUUACGCGCACUUAGGAAGUUAAGAGACGUACGACUGCAGAUUAGAUACGGAGUAUACAAUACAAGUGAAUUAUAAUAAUAUUAAUACGAAUUACCUACCCAUUGACGUUUCGAGCUUAUCGAAUUUCGUACGUUUUUAUUUUUGUAUAUUGAAAACUUAUUGAUUUUGUCAACAAAUCACAGUUUUAUUUUAUAUUAUAAUACGGAACCGUCGUCGUUGUGACGAUUUUCGUCCAUAAUCGAAUAUACCUACUCGUACGCAUCGUAAUAAUAUCGUCCCUAAAAUGGUAUAACUAGUUCACGCGUUAAGUGAUGUGUACCUACAGUAAACACUCUUCAAAAUUACAAUCCGAGCUUAAUGGGUUUAAACUGAAAAAAAAAUCCUAGUUAAAAUUUAGUAUAAUCUAUACGUAGGAGAACAAAAAAUACCUAUACUGCGAUACUUAAAAUUAUCAAUUAUUGCAAAAAUCACUUGAAGUAUUAAUUGUCUCGAGUUAUUUUACACUUUACGCGUCGGUCGUGUCACCGUCGGUGUUUAGUUGAGAAUAUAAAUCGGUCGGUAAACCGUCAGUGGUGUCAGCGACGCGUGUCACAUUCACGUGGGUAAAUGCCACGGGAACACAAGAGGGGCACAUUAAUAUUCAACGUUAAAAACAAAAAUAAAUAAAUACGAUUUGUGUCACUACACACUCAAUAAAGUGAAAACAGUAAAAAUACUGUUUAUUACUUGUUCUCAACCUGAUACCAUUGUUAUAAUUUCUGAUUAUGAUUAUAUUAAAACAUCAAGUUCUAUCAGCGUUUAUUUUGUAUGCAAUUUAAAUUUCAGUAAAAUCCGAUGGCCCUGAUUUGUAUACGAAUCAAUUAUUUCAAAAUAGAACAAUACGUUUUUAAAGGUUGAGUACAUAAAUCCAUACAUACUGUAACUAGAUAGGUAAUCGUUUAAAUAUUAUUUAGGACUGAAAUUUAGAGUGGCGUGUUUAGAACAACGCGUUAUGAGAGACGGAGGGCGGCAUUACGAUAGUUGUCCAAAGAAAGAGCUAUAGCUAUCGUCGAUGGCCUCGUCCGACGAAAUUUUAACGUUUAAACGACACCUUUGUCGUAGAAAAUAGUCGAAAAGCUACACACUGAUUAUACCUAACGCAUGACUGGGCACUGCCGCCUACAGCUCAUGCGAUAACAUACAAUUUAUAAUAAUCGAAUGGUCCAGUGCAACGACCCGGAAAAUCUAUAUUUUAUUAAAUUGUUCGGGAGAAGAUAAAAAAAACGUUUUGUAAUUAUCCGGGCGUAUGCGUGUGUUAUUUCUGAUGUUAUCGCUGCAAUUAUAUGGCAAUCGGACAUUUUCGAAUCUAUUACAUCGAAACCACGUGCAGCUUAUUUUUCUCAUUCCGAAAAUAAAAUCAAAACCAUUUUUGAAACUUGUCGAUUCACCUAGGUGUACCGUGUAAACUAUAAUUGUUAUUGGCUUGACCACGAGCUGUGUGACGCGAAACUCUUCGCGUUUCCCUUGCUCCGUAAAUACGCCACUGGUCGGUAGUUCGAUGGUAAUAUAAAAAAAAAAAAAAAACACCGUUUAUUAUUAUUGCGUCACGAGAAAAUUUUUACGGCGAUAAGCUUUUAAAUAUAAAAAAAAAAAAAAAAAGAACAGGACACUAUACUUGAUAAUUUUAUAUUAAUUGUAUUUAUUUUUUUUUCUUAUUUUCUCGUAUCUACAGAUGAAUACACAAAGAUCACUACGCCGAGGCAGGACGUGCUGUUCAAAAAGGGCUACUUGGGAAGGCGCAAACACGCCGCCGUGCCCGCGGCCAUCGCCGAAGUCCUGAACGAAAACGAAGGUCAGUAACAAACCGAUAUACAAUAAUAUAAUUACGUGAUUUCCGGGUCAAUGAUAAAAAUAUUGUAAUAAAAUAUUUUAUAGACGGUGUUCCUACUGAUACGAUCGUCAGCCCGUUGGACGAGCUAUGCGCACCGAACGAAUACUUCGUCGAUUCUUCCGGGAUAUACAUUCUAAACGGUAAAACUGUUAUGAAAUAAAAAAUGUUUGAAAUGGGGGGGAAAAAAAUGUGGCGUAAUUGAAUGCCUAUGUAUAUAUAGUUUAGAACUUAAUUAAUUUUGUUUGAACCGCAAACUGAACGUGUCCUCAAAGCAGAAACGCAUUUACAUUUUAGCGCCCGUUCAUAGUACCACAUUUAUUCUACAACCCACUGGAAUUUCGAGCUACAUAAACUUUACAUUUUGAACUGUACGCUUUGGACCCUAAAACACUUUGCUGAACGAGCAUAAUUUGUGAAAUGGGUUUGAUAUUUAAAUAAAAAAAAAAAAAAAAAAACACUUAGUUUACCACGCCUCAAAAGAUUAUGACGCCUCAUUGAAAUGUGGCGUCUAUGACCCAAUACCCCCAUGGACUUCCCUAAAAACGUCGCUUUUUCGUCUGUUUCUUCAUUUUUUCAGUGUUCAGUCACUAUAUCUAACUUCUUCAAUUGUAUGUUAAUCUCGCAUCAACAUUUUUAUGAUAUAAUAAGAUGUUUUUGGUCGUCUUCAGUCUUUUUUACUUCACUAUAAUUGUUAUUCUUCGUGUCUCAGAGCAUAUUCCGAUUCGUCUUGCUGGUUGAAUUUAUUUCGCACAGUAUUAUACACUAUUGUUUGUUUUUUGUUCUGUCCAACUCGCUCACAUCAUUCUUUUCCAGCGCUAUUCCUCGAACCUUUGAAUGAUUUUAUGUGCCACUAUUAUCGCCUAUGUAUACUUAUUGUUUUCUUUUUAGGAUUCUAAAUAUUCUCCCCUCCCAUAAACUGUUGUUUACAUUCCCACGAGACAAGGGUAGGCGAUCGUAGUAAAGUCGGAAUAUUCAAUACGAUUAUAUUCAAUUCAUUUUAAGUGAUGUUCCGUGUAUAAUAAAGAGGGAGAAAGACGUUAUUGGUUUUCCGACGUUUCGUCGCCAUGUUUAUUUAUUUUUGUGUCCGCGUUUGAUACGGCCGAGCUGGGAGCGUUUCCAAACCCGUGUCUAUUUUUCGGUAGCCAAUUUAAUCUAUUUUGUACACACGUGGAGCCCGGCGUUUUUCGAUUUUCCCUCUAUAUAUUAUGGUUUUCCUGAGUGUAUAACCCCCCCAGAAAACACCCCUAUCUAAAAGUAAUUUCAAGAUUGUAGAUAAUUUAGAGGAAGUCAUACUUCCUACGAAAAAAUAAUCAAGUGGUCGCGUAAAGAUAAUUUUAGCGGUCAUUUUUGGAAAAAAAUCAAAAUUUACCGAUUCGUAAAUAUUCAUAAUUAUUUUCAUAUACAUUUAAAAAUGGUACCGCGGGUUCUUAUCGUAUGAAAAGUGUUAUUAUUGUGUAACCGUGAAAAAUGUUCAAUUUUGUAAUGUUUGGUAUUAAAAAAAAACCAUCGUGCUCACCGAGUAUACUGAACGCCAUUUACUAAACGGUCACCUAACCUACAACCUAAUCAAACUUGAUCGUAAACGUAUUGACAUUUUAUCAUAAUAUUAUUAUUUUUCGCAUCCUCAGGCAGCGGAUACGAGGUGUACGACCCGUACACUGGUAACUUCACCGUAUUGAUGGGCCCACCACCUCCUUAUCCGCCAGGCCCGGGCCACCCUAUGCUGGCACCUAUAUCGUACCAACCGAUGCCUUUGCAGCCCUUGGACUGGUACAGUCCGGUUAACGAGCAUUGGAUGUCCGGCGCCACUGCGUACCAACCCAACGGCAGCAGAUAUCACCACAAGAAGUCCAUAACCGCGGCAACCGACCAUCAACAAGUAAGCAGAUGUCUUAAAAAGUCCUGUAAUGGUUAAUAGAUCGCAUUACACAAUAACGCGAUUUAUCGACAUGUGGUUUGUAUGGUCAAAAACUUAACCUCUAAAACACGUAUAAAACCCGUAUAAAUAACGGAUCGAUGCAUUUCGAACGUUUACUUUUUCAAAAUCGUCAAUAUUACAAUCUAAAUCCGUUACAGAACUGCAACAGCACCGUUCAGAACUCAGAAACGGGUGCAAACGGCGCCCAGGAUUCGUGCGUGGGUGGCGAUCAGCAACAAAACAAUUUGUAUCAGUCACCGUUCGUGUACCCCGCCGGAUAUAUUUUUGGAGCACCGAUGUACAACAAUUAUAACGGUAAGGUAUUACAAUAUUAUUUUAAUCGAAACCGACGGUUUUUAUUAUCGAAAUAAAACUAAUUUAUUGCUGCGGCUGUUUUUUGUUUUUAGUUUUCAUUUAGAAUUUUAUCGAAAACUUCGUACUUUUUGUACAGCAAUUCGGCAUAUUUUACAAAAAAAACAAGUCGUUUAUUUGUUUUUAAUAUAACGUUCCUCGUAUUUCGCUAAACAUAAUGGCUGAAACCCAAAGAAAAAAAACAAAGUUGUUUAUGUACGUUAGAGGUCUGAAAUGUUCACGAUACAUUGUAGGUUUUUUUUUUUUUUUUUUACGACGUAUGCUUUCAGGUAAAAAAAAAAAUAGAAAAAGGCAAUUUUAGGUUAAGUUUCAGUAUGAAUUUCACAUGUUGUUGCUAGAAGACAUUUCUUAGAAUUCGAAUACGCCUACGGACCUCUAUCCCAUAUACAUCAAAGGGGGCUACAAUUUCGCGCACGCGUGAUGGCGUUAUAAUAGUAUGAAAAAUACGCCUUUUCGGGAGUCCCGAAUAGUCGAAGAGACCCGGAAUUUUCGCGGAACACAGAAGCGUUUUAAACACGCGGUGAAACGUUCGAAAACUCCGGCGAUUGUUUAACUGUACAUUAUUCGUUUGGAACAUUCGAGUUUGGUUUUUCAAUUUCGAUUUCGCCUCGGCUACGGCGCGGAAGGAACACGGUAUCGACACGGUCCGAGAGAACGAAAAUAAACCGCAUCGGAAACAACGCGCGCGGUCACGUCCGGAUUAACUACGGGCGUUAUGCGUAUGCAAUGGUCGCCUGCGCGCGCGAGCCGAUUCAACGGCUUCCGGCGGGCGCUGAACGCCUAUUUUCCGCCCCGUUAUCCCGGGCCGGAGCGCCGCGGCCGUUUCUUCGGACCGUCGGCGGACUGUCGACGCCGUCUGCACGGUCCGCGGCGUUGUAAUGGUGGCGGGGGGGGGGGGGGAGGGCGACUUCGACUUUCCGGGUCUUAAACCGCGAACCAACGGCACCGGCCGGCGCGUGGCGACGAGCGUGCGGUGUUCGCGACCGCACGGUCGUAGCGCGCGAUGAUAAUCCGAUUGUCGACGAUUCACCGUACAAAACCGAUCGAUAAAGAGAUCGGAAAGGAAAAAAAAAAAAAAAAUAUAUAUAGACGACGCGACCCGAUUGUUACGCGUGCCUCGCGUAACACCGCCGCUGCAACGGCCCGUUUCGAUUGCGUACACCGCGGAUUGAAAUAUCGUACGCGUAUUGCGUGUACACGCGCGUCGAGCGCGGGCCGUUGCCAAACGCAUUCCGCCGCGGGCGUACGUCUAAUUCGACUUGUUGGCUUCGACAGCGGCCGUCUCUCAACGCCGCAUUAUUUCGGUACCACCCCCCUCCCGCCCCUACCCCGUCUCCGCCGCGACGACGCCCCAGCGAACGGGGCGGUCACGGCCCGCGCCGGUGAUAACAAAUCCGAUCCGGGCGCGGGGGGACCGUUUUUUUUUUUUUGCUUUUGGUCCCAUUCGUUUUUUGCUGACCGGCGUUCACACGGUUCGGGGCGGAAGAUUGGCCGAGUUUCGGGAGGUUUAAGUCUCCUCGGCGCUCUGUAACGUAUUUCGUUCCCGCGCGUUCGGCCACACCCGCGUACAUGUGAUUACACCGCGCUACGCGAGUUUGCCUGGUAUGCGAUAAUACGAAGCGGAAUUAUAUAAUAUAUCGGUCGGUUUGCCGUGGUAUUAUCGUUAAUUCGAUAUCACUUGGUGAUGGCGCACAAAUUAUAGUAAUGAAGCGUUGUGAUCUAUGCCGUCACGAUUUUUUUUUCACUCUCGCGCAGACGAGAUACUACGCCGUCUAUAACGUCAUAUAAUUAUUAUAGAAUUUGCGUUAUCUACUGCACUGAUGAUGACAGUCGAUAGUGGGAAAACGCUAUAAAAUCGCACCGCCAAAACACCCCAUGCGUACAUGGCGAUUAAAAAAAAAAACGAACAAAUUUUAAUCCAGCAAUAGUUUUCAAUAAAGAUUUCGAAUACAAUUGAUUUUAAUUUCGUUCGGUCAUUAUGUAAAAUCUUCGCUGAACGGUAUUAUUUACACGGUUUCACGAUUACGUUCCGAAUAUCAUAAAAAUAUUAGGAUUAACGAUUUUCGGGGAAAAAAAAAAACCAGAUUCGAAAAGAGAAUGUUUUUAAAAAUUAUAAUAAUUUAAAAAUUACGGAAAUUACGGAAUUUAUUAUCAAUCUUUUAAUACAAAUUUUCAAUCGGUGUAUAACUCGUCAUAAACGUUAUAUUAUCCACGUUAUUGGUGUUAGGCACAUCAAAAUGUUGAGAUAAAUAUUGUCUAGUCUGUAUUUAAAAAUGGGGAGCCGGGGGGGGGGGGUUGGUUAUUAUUUGAAAAUUAAAACUUCAACAAUUCCGUAAUGAUUGAAAAAAAAAAAAUCUGAAAUCAAAUUUAUCCGAGAAAAUCGGUAGAGUGAAAAAAAAAAUCGCUCCGUAUAUAAAGGGUACAUGGAAGAAACCACGAAAGUAAUUUUUUUUUUUCAAUGAUGUUUUUAAUUUCAAAACGUAACAAUUAUUUUUUUUUUACGAAGUAAACAUUUCGGAAUAAACUAAACGUUAAACUUGGAAAUGUAUAGUAACCGCAACACAAUAAUGUCAUAUUAUGUUAUUAACCAUGGCUAUGCAGCCGCGUAUUGCGUAUUAACCCAACACUUGUCUGGUAUCAGUUGACUUAUCUGCGUUCAUUUUCCCGCAUGCCUAAACUUUUGGCGCCCAUUACUUUCGACUACUCUGGUUUUUUCUCGUCGGUUCGAACGCGCAAGUCUUUAUCGUUCCACACCAAUACAAAUCGUUUGAUACCGUCAUACCGAUAUCGCCGUUUUGUAAAAAAAAAAAAUGACUUUUCUGGUUUUUCUUCCUCGUAUACCCUUCAUAAUAUCAACGAUGAUAAGGUCUUUCUCGUUGUUUACCGUUUUAAAACGUUCGCCGUGUGCGGACAAUCGUUUCGUCACAAGUCGGCCCCCUCGGUAAAUAGGUAUAGUAAUAUUUAUUCGAAUGUCAGAUAAAAUUAAGACGGUAUAUAUAUAUAUAUAGAUAUUCUUUUUUUUACUCACAGUAUCCUUAUUGUUCUUUUUUUUUUUUUACAUUCCUUGUCACGUCGUGGAACCCGGCCAAGAGGCGUACGCAUGCAUACGUAUUCAAUUACUAUUUUCGUAACACCUCUACCGGUGCAAGUCGUCCUGUGCAUCGCGUUUACAAGCAUUGCCAUUACGCAAUAUUUGUAAAGAUUUUCCUCUCCGCUCGGCACUUUAGUUUCUUUUGGUUUCCAUUCUGUUCGCCAGCUUAUAAUAACAAAUCACACGAACUGUGUACUUUGUUUCGAUUUGCGAUUUAUACAAUAACCGUCAGCGGCGCAAUCAGAAUUCGAUUUUCUCCGAGGUAGACACAAUGAAUUUCAAACACACUUCCGGACGGAUUUUCGGGAUAACAAUUAUGAAGCGCAUAACGCGCGUGUAUACGCGUAGUACAAGAAAAUGUCGAUAAUCGCUAUACGAAACUAUGCAACUUUAUUCGCAAUUCAUAAAAUUCGUGAAAAAUCUCAAAUUCCGGGGUGGGGCGAUGGGGGUAGGGGGAGUUUUUAAUUCCCUGGUUAUGCCACUGUUAAUCGCUACAGCGUACGUACAUUUAUAUUGUUUAAUAGUCGAGCAUAGAUUUUUUUUUUUUAGACGGUUGAAAACGGCCUUUGGUGUCUAUUGGGUCAUGAAUACCGGGGACCUGUCGUCUCUCGUUUUAUCGCACUUAAAAACAGUGUUUUAAACCGCUAGAUCGAAAUUCGUUCGUAACAUAAUAAUUUUCGAUUUUCGAUGUUACAGGCGCCAACGUACAAGUUCCACAGCUACCGUCUCCUCCGUCGCCUUCGAUUAGCUGCAGCGAUUACGCCAACGGGAAGCGACGCAAGAAAAAAAAGCGUAGAAAGCGAGGAGGCGUAAGUAUUGCUUUAUAAUACAUAUAGACUAUACAGGUAGAUAAAACCGAGCAUGGGAUACUAGUAAGAAAACUAGAAAUAAUAAUAAGCGGACUUCAUUUCGGUAAUGGUAUUUCCUCACGCCGUCGUCGUGUCGUUUCGCGCAAUAUUUCUCCGAUGAAAACAAAAAAUGCAUUAACCGUACUGUUCAAAGGGAUUAUAACAUUGUGAAAAUAUGUAUACCUUUAAACGGCAUGCCGAUCGGAAAAUACGCACGUGUACAUAACUUACAAAUGACAUUUCGAAAGGAGAAGAAGAAAAAAAAAGGAAUCGGUUACUCUCUGGCAAACGCCCACCGCAUUACUCUACUCUCCCCGACGUUUAUGGGAUACCAAGAGAAUUAAAAGCCGAAAUUCAAAGGUCAAUAAUGUAGUUUAAAAAUAAAACUUCUAACACGCCCCGAGAAUAUACGUAUAUAUAUAUAUACGUAUCGCAGAAUUCGAUAUCGAAUAACAAUUAUUUAUACAUUUAAAAUAUCGCAAUGGAAUAUUUAAAUGUGUUUUACGUACGCAAUCGCGGCCGUUUAAUAAAUAUUAUAUAGCUAGACAAUUAUUUUAUUAUUAUUAUUCUGUUUUGCAAUUACAAAUUACUUUUAAUUGCGAGCGUACCCACGUGAAAUCAAAUUAAUUAUUUUUAAAUAGCCGCGAAACUAAUAAUAAUGAAUAAAAUCGGAGAAAUACUCUGCAGGCGUCUGCACGAGCUAACAAUAAUACCCUCAGAAUCGUUUCCGCCGCCGCGGCCACCGUCUCUCCCGUGACUCCCCCGGUAUUGAUCGGUUCACCUCGGAGUCUCUUCCGGAUCCGAUCCCCACUCCAAAUAGGAUACACAAGGCUACUUAACUUAUAUCUGUAAUCAACGAUCAACCAUUGCCAACGAAGUACGAUUCCGAGCGAAGUUUAGUUAUAGUCACGUUUCGAAAUUUCGUAAUAUUUAUAAUUUCCAUUGAAUUCCAUUCGAUUUUACAACGAUUUUAAAAAUAAACUCCUAUUUUACGCUCAACUGUAUCCCUAAGUAUGACUUAUAAUGAACCUCGUGUUAAAUUUUCAAGUAUUACUGCCUGGUCAAACAGAUGUUUUAUGCAUUACAUGGUACCCACUAAAGAACAACUUCGUAAAAAAAAAAAAAGCUAGAAAAUAUAAAAUGCCUAAAAAUAGCUGAAAAAUAGUUUCGGAAUGUAUUGAAAACUCGACCACGUCUAGAAAAUGCCAAUAUAAUGCCAUAAAAUGUCAAGUCCAUACGAUUACUUUAUACUGAUUUACUCUAACGAAAUCAUUAUUACCUUAAACUUUACUAGUUACUCAAAACGUUAUUUAAUAAAAACUACACUCAAGUAAAAAAAAAACCGACUCUCUAACUCGCCAACUAGAUUCGAAUUGUUAAAAAAAAAAUGCCAUUUUUCGAUUGAAGCGGGUUUUCCGGUCGAAAAGUUAUCUACAGAUGGAAAAAAAAAACCCCCUUAGGUCCUAGAUAGUAAAACCGAAAAUAGAUCCCUUACGUCGUUACGCUCCGAAUCUAAUGUAUGUUAAUCGUUACAGGUAAACGACGAAUAUUCAGACUCGAGUUCGGAAGAACAAAAGAGCCAAUCGGGCGCGAGCAGCGAUCACGUCAUAGACUCCGAAAAGACUUCCGAUUCCGGCGUGCUGACCAACAACAGCGGCGGUUCGACACCCGUGAACGUCAUACCCGUCCAGCUUUCCCACAGCGCGCCGCCGUUCCACAUGGAAUGCGCGCAGCCGUUCGAGAUCCUGCACGGGACGCCGUUCCUGGUGCACCCCCAUCAUCCGGACCACCAAAUGGCCGCGUACUACCAGCCGAUACCGCAGUACCAUCAUCACAGCGUUGUCGCCGCGGACCACCAACUGCAGCAGCAGGCCGCGAUCGGUUACCAGGUCAUACCCGAAGAACAGUCGCCGGCCGACGAGGUGACAGACGCACGUCAACAGGACGAUGCCGAACCGGCCGCCGCUUCCUAUUCGGCGGAGAACUCGGACUCGGGCAUUAGCUCGCCGAACAGCGAAGUGAUGGUCAAAGGGGGUCACCAGCCGGACGGUAAACUGCACGAAAAGCCACAGGCCGCCAACGGCGCCGGCGUCGCGUCCGGACAGGCGGCUGGUGCGACCGCGUCGGCCCCGACGACCGCGGGCGCCACCAAGAAGAGCAGGAACAAGAAGAGCAAACAGCGGGAAAAAGCGGCGGCCGCGGCCGAGUCGGCGACCGUCAAAGCGAAAACCGCGGCCGGCAAAGACUCGUUGCAAAAGAACCACCACCACCACCACCACCACCACCACGAGCAGGGUAGUAAGAAAUCGUCAAAGAUCGCCAAAGAGCCGGCCAUCAUUAAAAAACUGAACGCCGCCAAAAAGGGUAAAAACCACUCGUGCAAACAAGAAUCGGAAAAGUCGGACGCGACCAAACUGGCCAGGGAAUGUCAACCGACAGCGCUCGAGGCUGACGACGACGACGACGACGACGACGACGAGGUGACGCGGGAAGAGAUCGUCCAUAACGGCCUGUCGAUAAACCCGGACGCCGGGGACUGGAUACAGGAAGAGGUGUUCUGUUCGCUGGAGUGCACGCCCCGGUCCACCACUACGGAUCACGUGCAGUUCAAGUUCACUAAAACGCAGUCGGUCGAUUCGUGCGAGUCCGUGGAGGAGGAGACGUUCGUGACGGCCGUGAACACCGGCAAUUCCGACACGGAGAACGAGAUCCGGCAAGACGAACCGCCGGCGCCGCUGCCGCAGACGCCGCAGUCGUCGUCCGGGGAGUCGGCCGAUCCGGGGUCGUCGCCCGGGGUGACGGCCAGGGCGGUCCAUCAUUCCGCGCCGCCGCCGGGACCCAUCACCGAGGCGGUGACCAAGUGGCUCAACGACCAGGGGGGCCUGAUGCUGGCGCCCUGUCUGGACGACGACGACGACGACGACGACGGCGGCGGGGGCAGCGACGGCGUCGACGACGGUGACGACGACGGCGACGACUACGCGCGAUCCGGUAUCGGCGACAACGACAACAGCGGCGACGGCGACGACGACGAGGACGGAGACAGCGAGUACGACGAUUUCGACGAACACCCGAGCAGUCCAAAAAACGCGCGAGGCAACCCUUACCCUGCACUAUCUCUUAGCGGUGGCGACGGGUCAAGGGUUGCUGGUGCUCAAUCGUCUGGCGACCAACGCAAAGGCGGAAUAAUAUCCAGUGGCAUAUGCUGUUUAACGCAAUAGUUUAUUAUAUUAUUGUACGCACGUACUGCGAACCGUUUGUACGCAACGUAACAAUAUAAUAAGCGCGCGUUUAAACGGGACAUACGCAAUAUAUUAUAACAUAAAACAAUAACAAUAACGAUAAUAUAUUAUUGCGAUUGUUUGAGAUCGAACCUGUACGGGAGAAAAAAAAAACAGAAAAAAAAAAAUAAUACUAUAGGUAAUAAAUACGGUAUAAGGCUGCAGGGCUACUCACGGGGCACGAAAUAAUUCGCUUACGAAAGUCGACUAGACGCCUUUGGUUAUUAUUAUUAUUUUUUUUAUUUUUUUUUUUCCCGUACAGUUCCUCGGGCGUAAUGAUAUUUUACAAGCGCAUUACACGCCUGCGUAUAAUGUUGUUGUUUCGAUAAUCGACGUACAAUUUAAAAAUCACUCUCUCGUCUUUGGAUAUUUUUAUUAUUAUUUUAUUUUAUUUUAUUUUUUUUUUUUUUUCAAAUAUAUUUCACAUAAUAUUAUUAUAUUAUAUUCUAUAUGUUAAGUUUUGACGCUAUAAAAAAAAGAAAAAUUUGCAUUUACAAAAAUCGUUAUAAUCAUCGUUUUUUUUUUUUUUUUUUUU